GGCGCCGCCGGCUUGGCUACCCGCCCGCCAUCUUGGCCCCGCUGUGUGUGGAGGCGACGGCAGGCGCUUGCUUCGGCCUCGGUGAGUGCGCGCCUGAGGCGGCUCCGCGCGGGGCUAACGGGAGGCGGGGAGGGAGCGCGGCGGCGCCGGGGAGGAGCGGGCGCGUCAAGCCGGCGGCCGUGGGAGGCUUCGCCCUCCCGCACCCGGCGCGGGGAGGCCGCCGCAUGAGGGGGCAGUUGCGGGGCCUGAGGCGAGGGCGGCGGGCCGGAGUGAGAGCAAGAGGAGCGGCUCCGGCCUCCUCCUCCUCCUCCCGCUUCUGAAUGGGGCAGGGAUGCGGCUGCGCUUGGCGGCGGAGGAACGAGGAGAGGGGGCGCGGGGGGGGGCGGAGGAAUUGGGGACGCGGCCUUCUUUUAUUUCCCCGUCUCUUGCGCAUCCUGCCCUUUCCCUCUUUGAGGGCUUUCCGGCGCCAUUCUUUCGUCCCCGCUUCCCUUUUCCCUUUUCACGCGCAAGCUUCCGGCGCGUCCCUUUCCCCUCGCCCUCCUCCUCUUCCCCAGAUUCCUUCCCUGGGAGAGGGAAAAUGAGUAACUUUCUCCUGACUAAUCCAGGCCUAGGCUGCUGCGGAUCCUUUAUUACUUGGGGAUGCACCACCGCCGCCCGAUUUAAUUCGUUUCGUCAGGCAGGGUGAGGUUUUGCGGCAGCCCCCGCGGGGAUACAUUUAGCUGGCUGGUGGUUGUAAAAAAAUGUCCAUCCCAGCCUACCCCCUGAAGGGUUCUUCGGGGCGGCUAGCAGUCUAUAAAACCUGAUGAAAACCCUAUCUGGUAAUUAAAAUGUCAGCAAUAAAACCGGUAAUGCCUAAAAGUACCUUCCGCUUCCAGAGGCCUAGACAAAUACGAAUGCCUUCAGAAUUUGCCGGAACGUGGCUAAGGAAGGGCCUGCCUGACCUCCCACUCAAGGGAGUUCCAUCAGAGGUGGCGAAAGGCCUCUCUCACACUUUCGCCCUCAACUGCACUGUAAAGUGUUGGUUGGGCUGCAUGGAGAAAGGUGCACCUUCAAGUUCUUUGGUCCCAGGACCAUGAGAUGGUGGAUGCCAGUGUAUGUGAGAAGGGGGGUUGAUUGGGGAAGAAAAAGUGAUUUAUUUGCCAUCUGAGGAUAGCAGCUCAGUGGGCUCCAAUUCACAGUUACCUACUCUCCUACCACCCUUCCUAAACAUGGAGUUCUUCACUGGAGUCAUUGUGCUGAGAAAAUAUAAACUUACUCAUUGGUUCACAUGUUUGCAGUAUUUGUAGCAUCUUGAAGACACAAGAACAGGUACAAAUUAGUUAUUGACAUUUGCAGGUUGGUAAUCAUUGUCAUAUAUUAAAGUUGGGGCAUCUUCCCUAGGAGAGACUAUGGUUGUAUUGCCAUUGUUUGGCUACCACACAUUUGGUGUUGUUUAAGGAGAGGAAGGCUGUUUAAGCCUAGUCUGUGUGACAUCAGUAUGAAAUUGGUGAGGAAGAGGAAAAACUUGGGCGGGGGAGAUAAAGUGAACAAGUCCCAUACAGGCCAUUGCUUGAUAUAAACAGCCACCAUCCUAGCCUCUUUAAACCAUCUUGUAUUAGCUUAAAAUAUGUCCUAAUGGUGUUCCUGCAACAAAUUUUUACUUGCUUUGGUGGCCAAGCUGGAUAUUGUGGUCAUUGGGACCCUGUCACUCCCCUUGUCACUGACCUCAAGCUGCACCUCUGUGUUCAGGACAAUCCUUGGAUCCUCUCUCCACUAUCAAGUUUGGAGCUAGAAAUGAUUCCCUUCAUCAGUCUAGGGGGUCUCAUCAAUGCAGUUUCCAAUAAGGCCUCUGCCACCUUUCCUGCUCAGGAGAAGGUGAGUGGACUGGUGGAGAAGCAACCAAGUGCCCCAUUCCUCAUUUACACUCACCAUAGAAAGCAAGCAAGCUGCUAUAGGAGGGAACACCAGCAUUCUGCCAAGUGCAUUUUGCACCUGACUAUUGGCCACUUGUGACCAUGUGAAGAUGGCGUCUGACGUUUCCAACAUCUAAAGGUGCAUGCCUGAGGAUCCUUGCCUGUUUUCACACACUGUCCAUUGUAUUUUAUCUGCACACUCAGGAUGAAUUUCACGAACCAAAAAGUCAUAUUGAAAAAUACGACUUUUGAGCUGUCUGGCCCAAAAAUGGCAACUAGGCAUUCUGCUUUGGUGACUAACCUGACUUAAGGAGCCAUUUGGUGCCUAGCUUAUAUAUCUGAGUUUUUAACACUGCAAGAUGGGCUAGACAUAUUUUUCAAUACAACUUUUUGGUUCCUGGAAUUCAUCCUGAUUGUGCAGAUAAAAUAUAACUGAUAGAAUUCUACAGGAUGUGCAGUUCCAAAGUUGCCUGCUGCGGGUUACCAUGCAUACCAGAGGGCAGUGUCAUGGCAUGUAUGAAGAGCAAAAUGUGGGAUUCUAGUCAUAAUAAUAAAGGUAGCUGUACUUGAGGUUGGGGAAAGUAUGGUCUGGAGUUCAGCUCCUACCAUCUCUAACUUCUACCAUGCUGCCUGGGACUGGUAGAAGUUGGAGGACUACAGGGCCUCCUUCCUACUUUUAAGUCAAAUUCUGAAAUUUUUAAAGUAAGAUCACAGCCAUUUCUUAUUUCUUUACCUAUACAGUGGGACCUCGGGUUACAUAAGCUUCAGGUUACAGACGCUUCAGGUUACAGACUCUGCUAACUCAGAAAUUGUACCUCGGGUUAAGAACUUUGCUUCAGGAUGAGAACAGAAAUCGUACUCCGGCGGUAGCGGGAGGCCCCAUUAGCUAAAGUGGUACUUCAGGUUAAGAACAGUUUCAGGUUAAGAAUGGACCUCCGAAACAAAUUAAGUUUUUAACCCAAGUUUUUAACUGUAAAUUUCUACUGUAGGAUGUCUGAACAUACUUUGGUAUUUUUAACUUUUCUGGCUUCAACUGCUUAAUGCUUAGUGCUUGAUGAGAAUUUUUAUUUACCUCUUACUGCUGAAUUUCCAUUCUGAAUCUAUCAUUAUGAGUUCUGCUGAUUACUGUCAGCUUGGUAGAAGAAGUUUACCCUAGAGUGGAGUCAUUACUGUGUGAGGAUUCUUCUUAUUUCCUUGGUGUCUUUGCCAAAUGCUUUCAUCUCACCCAGCUUCUAUCAGCAGUACAGGUUUCAGACAAUCGCAAGAACACUUCUGUCUUAGCAUUAACAACAGCAGCAGCAACAACAACAACAUCAAUUUUAUUAUUUGUAUGCCACCCAUCUCAUCUGACUGGGUUGCCCAAGCCACUCUGGGCAGCUGCCCAGCAGAGUAGUAAAAACAUGAUAAAACAUCAAACAUUUAAAACUUCCCUAAACAGGACUGCCUUCAGGUGUCUUCUAAAAGUCAAAUAGUUGUUUAUUUCCUUGACAUAUGAUGGGAGGUGGUUCCACAGGGUGGGUGCGACUAUUGAGAAGUCCCUCUGCCUGGUUCCCUGUAACCUCACUUCUCGCAGUGAGGGAACGACCAGAAGGCCUGAACAAUGGUGGUGGAGAUGCUCCUUUUGAUAUACAGGGCCAAAGCUGUUUAGGGCAGGGGUCAGCAAACUUUUUCAGCAGGGGGCCGGUCCACUGUCCCUCAGACCUUGUGGGGGGCCGGACUAUAUUUUUGGGGGGGGGGGAAAUGAACGAAUUCCUAUGCCUCACAAAUAACCCGCAUUUUAAAUCACAUAUUCUACUCAUGUAAAAACACGCUGGUUCCCAGACCGUCCAUGGGCCGGAUUUAGAAGGUGAUUGGGCUGGAUCCGGGCCUUGGCCCUUAGUUUGCCUACCCAUGGUUUAGGGCUUUAAAAGUCAGCACCAACUGGGAACCAAUGUAGAUCCCUUAAGAGCAGUGUUAUAUGGUCCAGCGGCUGCUCCCAGUCACCAGUCUUCCUGCCACAUUCUGGAUUAAUUGUAGUUUCCAAGUCACCUUCAAAGGUAGCCCCACAUAGAGCGCAUUUUAGUAGUCCAAGCGGGAGAUAACCAGAGCAUGCACCACUCUGGCAUGACAGUGCACGGGGCAGGUAGGGUCUCAGGUGGUGUACCAGAUGAAGCUGGUAGCUGCCCUGGACACAGAAUUGACAUGUGCCUCCAUGGACGAGUCCAAAAUGACUCGCAAGCUGCAUACCUGGUCCUUCAGGGGCACAGUUACCCAUUCAAGACCAGGGAGUCCACACCUGUCCGCCCCCUUUCCCCCUAUAACAGUACAGUGGUACCUUGGUUACAGACGCUUCAGGUUACAGACUCCGCUAACCCAGAAAUAGUACCUCAGGUUAAGAACUUUGCUUCAGGAUGAGAACAGAAAUCAUGUGGCGGCAGCGGGAUGCCCCAUUAGCUAAAGUGGUACCUCAGGUCAAGAAAUGCUUCGGGUUAAGAACAGAACUCCAGAACGAAUUAAGUUCUUAACCAGAGGUACCACUGUACUUUUGUCUUGUUAGGAUUCAUCUUCAAUCUAUUAGCAGCCAUCCAUCCUCCAACCACCACCAGACACUCACACAGGACCUUCACUGGUUCCAAUUUAAAGGAGAGGUAGUGCUGGGUAUCAUCCGCAUACUGGUGAACACCCAGCCCAGACCUCUUGAUGAUCUAUCACAAUGGCUUCAUAAAGAUGUUGAAAAGCCUGAGGGAGAGGAUAGAGCCCUGAAGCACCCCACAAGUGAGAGCCCAGAGGUCUGAACACUCCUCCAACACCACUCUCUGGACACGGCCCAGGAGGAAGGAGUGGAACCACUGCAUAACAGUGCCCCCAGCUCCCAAGUCCUCUGGGCAAUCUUCCCCAUGGCAGUCCCCCAACUUUGGGCAAUCCUUCCCUUCCACCCACCCCCCACACACUCCACCUCCCUCCAAUGACAAUGGGUUGAUCACUGCCAGUUUUUUUAUAGAUCUCAGUCUCUUGGGAGUUGGACGUGCCUGAUUUAAAUCAUUAGGAAAAGAAACCAACUCAAAUGAUAGCUUUAAAUGGACUUAAUGAUAGCUUUACUCAAUGAUACUCAAAUGAUAGCUUUAAAUGGACUUAUCCAUUUAUAUUAUUCAUAUUUUUACAAAACAAUGUUGCGCAUUUGACCAGAAACCAUGUUAAUUCAUAACUACAUAAGAGUAUUAUUAUUAAUACGGUUAUUUCAUUCUUACAUCAAAAGCCUACAUCUUUGUCACAUAUUAUUAUGAUGUCACAUUUUGCAUAUUUUCUUUUUUUACCUAUAGAGGGAAUCAGUGUUAGAAACUCAGAUAUACAAGCUAGGGGUCAAAUGGCUGCUUAAACCAAAGUUACAGUCUCCCAAACGGAAUGUCUAGUUCCCUUUUUUGGGCAAGUCUUAUUUUUCAAAUGAUGGACUGAUUGUGAUAGAUUAUCAGUUAAACAUUUGGGUAGUUCAGAUGAUAACAUUGAGCUAUGUUAAGACUUCUGAGAACUUAAAGAAGAAAAGUCACUUUAUCCAGGGAUACAGUGAUCCCCAUGCAUGCACCUCCAGAUGGAGAUGUCAGGCACCACCUUGGCUCCCAGACAUCUUCACUUGGUCGCAAGUGGCCUGCAAAAUGUGCCUGGCUAUUUUCAAACUCUGGAGAGAAUGUCUUUAAAAUAUCCUCAUAUAGGGUUAGUCUGGCCUGCAGCUCUCACAGUUUCUGAGGCCAAGCAUGGGAUUAUAGGAACCUGCACACAGCACACUUUUGACAAAUUUCCGAUGUUGCUUCACUCUGCCAUGGUGUAGCCACCAUCACAAAAGAAAGUGGCAAACAAAAAUGAAAUUCCAAUGACCAAUAGGAAAAAGAUCUGAUUGCUGUAUUUUAUCAGCGUUUUAUUUUAUCAGUAUUUUAUUUACAUGAAAAGGUUUGCAUAAUUACAAUAAAGCUGUACACAAAUAAAACACAACAAAAAGUACACAACAAAAUUGAACACUUUCCACAUAUUUCUAAAUAUAGUGGAACCUUGGUUUUCGAAUGUAAUCAGUUCUGGAAAUCUGUUCGACUUGCAAAACAUUUGAAAACAGAAAAUCAAAGGGCUGACAGCAAAGUGAAUGGUGAAAAUGGAAAAAUGCGCUGUGGAAGCUGUUUGACUUCUGAGGCGUGUUCGAAAAUGGAAGCAUUCACUUCAGGGUUUUCGGCAUUCGGCUUCUGAAACGUUCAGCAGCUGUGACGUUCGAAAGCCAAGGUUUGACUGUAUAAAGAUAGAAAAUAAUAUCAAUAACAGCCAAACACCCCUCCAAACAAUACCCCAGUCCAAGAGCCUGUUCAGCAGCCUCAGCUUUUAUAGCUGGAGUCAAUCAGCUACAUAAUUUAUAUCCAAAUGAUUUAAUAUUUAUCUAGUUAUUAUUUAAGAGAAAUUUCUAUUUACCGUGUCAUGUUGUCCGAACCCAACAAACCGUAGUUUAUCUAAAAAGGAAACUUCCAAUCUCAGUCCCCCACCUUCCGCUAGUGGAAGAGAUGAACAAGUAGGCACUGCUAGCCUCACUAUUCCUUAGCCAGGGAAUGCCAUGAGGUUGCUAGCUCUUCCCUUCCUUUAGGAUAGAGAACAGAAUUCCACAUCCGUCAUCGGUCUGGCAAAUGCACCAAGGUUUACUGGCUGUGUUGUCUUUCUACUUUGUUUUCUGAACUGCCCGAAAGACAAGAGAACUAACUGUAAUUCAUUGCAAUGUGGUAUACAGUCAUGCCUUGGAUCUCAAUCAUCUUAGCUCCCAAACAAAUCGGUCCAGAGCAAUCAAAACCCAGAAGUGAGUGUUCUGGUUUUUGAAUGAUUUUCAGAAGCUGAACAUCCAGCGCGGCUUCCAGUUGGCUGCAGGACACUCCUGCAGCCAGUCGGAAGCCACACCUUGGUUUUCGAAUGGUUCCGAGAGUCUAACGGACUCCCGGAACACAUUGUGUUCAAGAACCAAGGUACGACUGUGUAUUGAUACAACAUUUUUUAAAGCUGGAAAUGUUAAUGUGUUGAGCUGUCAGUAACUGGAUUCCCCUGGCUGGUUUAAAAAAUUCAUUUUUACCUAGUAACAACCAUCCCGGUAAACUUCUUGACCUCAAGCCAGGCAUACUGGCAGAUGUGGAAACCUAUUUCUUUCAUUUUCCUAUGCUUUGAUGAGAGUAUGAAUGAUUCAGCAGAUGCUGACAUAUGCCAUUUGUAAUCAGAACUAUUACAUCUCCUCUUUAGUUUGUGAUUACAUACCACUUGAAACCAUGUAACAGUUGACUCUGCAUACCAUAUACAGCUGUGGCCUUUUUGCAUUAUUGGAAUCAGAAAGGGGGGGCUUUUUUUUGGACCUUCACAACAUCACAGAUGUCAUAUGCAGCUAGUAUAGAAUGUGGUGGCUAGCUUGCUUGUGAGCGAAUACUACUGCCAGCAAACCCCAAUGUAAGAUGUGAUUAUACUGUACUUGGAGCAUAAUUGUAUUACAAAAAGUGAAAAUCCUGUUUGAUUGACUACAUAUAGGCAGCACAGUCUAUAGAUGUAUGUGAUGGUUUACUGAGAAAAAUGUUGUAGAAAACAAAAGAAUAUGGAAGCAAUAUUUCAGCAAGUGAUGUUAAGUGGGGUUUUUUAGAAACUUUGAAUUGGAUUUUUUCCAGUAAAUUUUUGACUCCCUUAAGAUAACAGAGUUCUGAUUUAGUAUGUUUAAUUUAUAUUUAGUAAACAAAACUUCUAAAAGUAUUGUUAUGAGGUGUUAACUUUUCAAAUAUUUAUACAGAAUAGAAGAUUUUCUCAUUAGUCAAAAAUAACAGAACACAAUUUUUUUACUACAUCACCAAAGUAUGUGAUGUUACUCAAAGAGUUAAAUUCUUUUAAAAUGCCUGUAAAUAUUUUAAGGUGUCAUAAUUCAUAGAAUACAUUUCUCUUUCAUUAUUUAGAUUUUAAUGUGAUGUGGUGAAGACACUGAAAACUGUUAACAUAACAAGUUUUGCAUACCUGUAGAGUUGUUUGCAUAAAUAUAUUGACUUCCCAGGGAUUAGCAAUUAUAGCUUUGAUUUUAUAUUUGCCAUUCUAGCCAUAAGGUUUGGUAUUUCCUUUAUUUAAUAUUACUCUUCAAAAAAUUAUAGAACUAGAGCGAUUCAGUGGAAUCAUGUUACGACAUAACAUGAUCUUAGCUAAGAAUGCAGUUUGGGAUGACUCUCUUGUUAGCAUUAGUACAUCUGAGCAGCAAGCCAUAUGAUCUUGUGCAGAUUAGAUUUGUGUAGUGGUAGUUUUUGGUGGAAGAUAAACUGCAACAGGAAACAUGCCAUAUUUCCUCAGCAACACAUUGGUGUUUCAGUUGUGUCCAUGGAACUUGUAUAUUUCUUUGACUACAGGGCAUGUAUAAUAUACCUGAGGAAUGAUCAGUUCCCUUAAUUUGCCCACUGAAGAUCAGUUUCUUUAACAUGCCUACCAGGCCUUCCCAUUUGGCCCACAAGUCAGAUGUGGGGCAGAUAAAGACAUGGCUCAACUGUAAGGAGUUUUUCAAGCUUAUUGGCAGCACCUGCAAAACUCUGUGCAAAGGGGUUCCACAGGAUCUAACUUAUCUUCUGAUAUUCUGGUCAUGUGGAGUACUUUGCUUUGGGCUGCAUGAGACCCAACAGUCAGCUGAAAGUUUUGCAGGCUGUGCAUUCAUUUGCCUGUACAUGCAGGCAAAAUAGGGUCACCUGAUGUCGUUGUGCUGUCCCAAUUCAUCUCUCACAUUUGGUCCAUGGCAGUGGAGAGCCAGAUCCAGCUUCCCACCCUGAUUUAAAUAUAACAUUUAAAUCACAUAAAGUGUUUUACUGAAUUGUUUUUCUUUUCAGAUACUCCAGGUCAAAUACCUUUAGCUGUUGGGGAAACACAACACGGAAAAUUAACCUGACAUACUUUUUGGAUUUAGUUUAAUUUACUAAAUAUGUUAACAUCCUAACUAAUUUUCGGGGGAAAUCAGAACAAAAAAAGUUAGUUCUAAAUUUUCUGGAAAAUCAAUAUCAUGGAUUGUGAAAUUGUUUUAAUGAUGAAUGCAUGUCAGCAUCUCAACAACAGUCUUUCAGCAGCAUUGUUUCAAUGCAGUGUUGCAGUUCAUCUGACCACUGCCUGUGCUGUGGCAGUAUCUUGAGCCAAGUAUUCCUAUACCCUGGUAGGAGAGCCCAUCCUGUUACAUUAUCCAUUGUAAUACACAAUAGGCAGAGCUACAACUAUGUCAUCAUGGGACAUUUGCAGCAGCACCUUUCUUUCUGAAUGCCUCUUUUCUCAAAUAAGCUAUGUCACUUUCACUUGUUAACAUGUCUAUUUAUUUAUUGUCUAAUGAGUUUUCCUUUCAUUUUGAGGGGGUGAGCAAGGAGGCUCUAGCUCAAUGAACUGAAAUGUCUGAAAAGUCAGGACAGAACACAAAAGCAAAGGAUGGAAAAACCAAGUAUGCAACACUUAGUCUGUUUAAUACUUAUAAAGGAAAGACUCUGGAAACACAGAAAGCUACAGGUAUGUAAAGUAAUAUGAGCUGCUACUGUUUGAGAAAUACUCAUUGCUGAUAGCUUUGUUUGCAUUAUUAAAGUAUCUCAUCUAAAUUUAAUGAGCUGUUUAUAGUUGGCUACCAUUUUGAGUUAUAUCAAUGAUGUCCACCCACUUGCGCAAGAGGACUGCUGAUUCUCUCCCCCUCCAGUCCCUCCCAUGCUCUCCAGAUCUGCUCUGGAGGGUCCUGGGUGCCCUUUGAGGAGGAAGGCAGGAUAUGAAUUUAACAAAUAAAUAAAUCUAAAUAAUGUGUUUAGUUUACUACUGUUGAACACACUAUUGAGGGAGGCCUAUCUUGCAUUCUUUCUUUAGGCCCUCUGUGAGCUGACAUAUUUCUCUUUUGGCAGGCAUUUUGCCUACUAAGUAAUGUACUUGUUUCAAACUUCCCUAGCAUUUUAUCCUUAACUUGUUGUCUGCCAUCUAUGAUUGUUUUGUGCAUUUUGAAUUUUAUUUUUUUAUUAGGCUGUUAGUGUGCUUGAACCUUUUUAAAUAGAACCAUAGAAUUGUAGAGAUGGGAGCAACCCGAAGGGUUAUCUGGUUCAACCACCUGCAAUUCAGGAAUUACAGCUAAAAGGCAGGAAUCACAUCUAAAAUAUCAGAAGCCCCACUCCACAGUCAUUCAGAGCAGGGUCUUCAGUGUGGCUGCCCCUCUCCUGUGGAACAAAAUGAAGGAACCCACUGUGUGAAAGCAUGCACCAAUAGAAAAAACGGAUUCAGGCCAAAAUAUAAAAACACAAUAUGUAACAAAGUACAACGAAUAUAUUCGUCACAAUGCACUCGCUAUUAUAAGGCAUACGAUACAUACAAAGUGGUACUCCAAUACGAGUGGAGAAAAACUCCUUCAGCCUGUAAGUUAACAAAGUCCCACACCAGGUACAAGUUGAGGCUUCUGCUGUAUACUGGCUAGAGCCAGUUCGCUUUGAAACUGGGAUCACCAGGCUGCAGUCCUGAUUACUACAGCUGCUCCAUCACUUUCAAUAAUUUCUUUGCAUUGGAGAUAAGAAAAUACAUCAUUAAUUGUAACUCUGUAUUCACUUCAAUGUUUUUGGAGUACCGCUUGUGUUGGAGUACCGCUUGUAUGCAUUGUAUGCCUUGUAAUAACAGGUACAUUGUGACGAAUACAUUCAUUAUACUUUGUUUGCUACAUAUUGUGUUUUUAUAUUUUGGCCUGAACCCUUGUUUUUUCUAUUGAUGCAUCCUCUCCUGUGGAACAGCAUCCUGGUUGAGAUAUGAGAGGCACCCAUUUUAUGGAAACAAUGGAAGUCAUUUAUGUCUCAGUAGAAGGACAGGGUAUACGUAGAAUAAAUACCAAAGCAAUCCUAACUUGGGACCUAGGAGCAAUGGAUUCGCAGAUCUUCCAAGUUCUACUUAGAAUCAUAUUUCUUUGAUAAAUCUGUACAUUUCUGUGACAGAGUCAGCAGUUUAAAAUGUCUUUUCUUGAUGCAGUCACAACACGCCAUGGAUUACAGAGUCUUGGAAAAGUUGCCAUUUCACGAAGGAUGCCCCCUCCUGCUAAUCUCCCCAGUCUUAAAGCAGAAAACAAAGGCAAUGAUCCUAAUAUAAACAUUGUGCCUAAGGAUGGCACAGGAUGGGCUUCUAAACAAGAGCAACAUGAGGAAGAAAAGUAAGUUAAAGGUCAUACUGUAAAUUCUCAUUAAGAAUAGUGGUAUAAAGUUUUGGUAUAUGCCACAAGAGCACUUUGGAAGAUCCAUGGCAAACACUUUAUUUAAUGAUUCAAGAGUCAACAUCCUCUUUCAACCCCUUCUAAAACAUUUGUGCUAACAGGAUUGCUUCUUCACAUUUCUUAUGGUUUCAGACCGCCAGAAGUGCCACAGACCCAGCCAAAGCCUGUAGUUCCUGCUCCUCAAGAAGCGCCUCCUGUUGCCAAAUCAUGGGCCAAUACCAAGCAAGGUGGGCAGGGUGAUGGUAAGUGGAGGUGGGCCGGCCUAGUUGGACUAGCAGUUCCACUUUGCAUUGCCAUCUUAGGACAGUUGGUCUUAAUUUUUUGAGGCAGACAAAACUGAUAGCAUUGUAGAAGCAUUGUUCUUGGCUGUACUGUACUUUCAUUCAAGGAAACCUCAUGUCUUUUGCAGUUUUAUUCUGAUGAGAAAUUUAGCAUAGAUCACUUGAUAGAAAAGUGAGUAAUGAUUUUAUAUCGUAAAACAUUUUAGAGAAAACAAAAGCCCAUGACAUCUAGUUUUCCCCAAAAGUUUAAAUCUUCUGUCAUCCAUUUCUUUCUCUCUCUCUCUCUCUCUCUGUGUGUGUGUGUGUGUGUUUGUAGUUUAAAUUAAUAGCUUUGAAGGUUGAGUGGUAUGAUUCAUGUCAGCUCUCUCAUAAGAUACUGAUACACUUCUUUGGGGCCUUUUUACUGCUUUCAUUAAGGAUUUUCAUUCCAGUCUGGUAAACAUCCUCUGCGUCUUGCAUUUGUCUUCUCCUAUUAGACUCUUCUUCAGUUUCACAGAAGUCCCACUUUUGAUAAGCCUUGUCAUUGUAGGUUGUUGCACAUCAGAGUCUACCAUCUUCCCUCCCAUCUGCAGUACAUUCUGAGUAUUCCUUCUCCAGAAAAAUAAAGGGGAAGUAGCAUUGCUCACCAUCUGCAGUUCCUCCAAUGGCUGUCAAAACUGCUUUUUGUGCUUUUACCUCUUCCAAAUCCUUAUUUAAUAGGGAUGACAGUUCUAGAGAAUUUAACUCCUCCAAAGUUCUUUCCUUUUCCUCCUCUUGGCUUCUGAAACACUCUCCAUCUUCAAUGUGAGACUGGUUCAUCAGAGUCAAUGAAGAUCUGACCUACCACAUGGGUUCCAAUUGAAUGCUCUUUCACCUGUUCCUCAGAAGGCAAGGCUGUCUUUGAUUCAAAAGGCUCCUCUUGAAUUCCUUCUUCAUCAGCAGCAACAAGGCCCAGAGCCACUAACAACACCGGCACUGUGGCCCACAGUAGUAGCAGUCACCGCGGCACAACCCGCCUGGCCUGCUCUAUCCCUGUUGCCCAGGGUUCCUUCCCCCGCCACAAGAAGAGACACCAACACCCAAGUAAAUGCAGUUGAAAAUGAUAGCUUUACAUAAGGUUGGGUCAGUAGUGGGUGUUUUAUAUGUGGGAGAUUUCUUAUCCAUUAUGUGUCACAGCUAUCCUACAUGUAAGGGACUAACUGUACAGCUACUUUUAACUACACAUCUGCCAACUAUUUCUGGUCAGAUUGGCUAGACAUUUUGUUGGGCCUCUUACAUAAAUUCCAUACUGGUCAGUGCCCAAACUCAAGUCACAGCAGUAUUCCCUCAUAACUUUGAGCUUUACUUUGAGCUGCUCAUGGUGCAACUUCAAAAUGAUAGUGCUGUUCUUAAUAAUUGGAGUGGGGAGAGAAUAGGCGUUGCACAGGGCAUCUUGCUCUGGCCAUUUGCAUACCACUUAGCAGCAGCAUAUUUUGAGAUUCAUUUCAGCCUGCCUCGCAACACAUACUUUGUGAAUUACAGUAUUACAGGGCUGAGAGGUUCUAAAAUGGCACUGCAGAUCAGUUGAUUUCAGCGUUCUUCGUUGCAGUGUUUUUCUUAGACAUCUCCAAUUAAUUUCAGUAACUCUGAAUAGAAUUUGGAUUUAAUAACUUAUAUCAUAAUGUCAUCUGGUUCAUAUUAAUUAGACUUAAUAGUUGCUUGUCAUCCAGAGGUCUCCAAGCAACCUACAGCAAUACAUUAUGCACACAUGCUUAAUACCAUAAGGAAAGACGGGGGGGGGGGGGCUGUCAUACAAAUUCAUCAAUAUAUCACCUAACAUAACAUGUAAAAACAAAAACAAUACAUGAAAGGCAUUAACUAUAACUAUACACUAAUAAUAAACAAAGAAGAUUCCCACCACUAAUUAGAUAACUACUCUCCCACUCUCUUUUUUAACCACCCUACCCAAAAGUCUGCUUUCAAGUCAGCUGUCACAAGUCCAUGGUGUGUGGGUCCAUUGUCCUCCAGGGAUGGUCUGGCGUCACUCCUCCUUUCGGGGGAGUUGUAGCAUGCAAAGCAGGAAGAUGAUAGCAUAAGUUUUACCUGCUUUGCACUUGAUCUGGCUACUGCUCCUCUUCUGCUGCUGGUGGUAGGGUGCAAGACAAGCUUCAUAGAAGCUAGGUCUUAAUGUUUUCGUGGGACAAAUAGUGUUGGGGUGGCAAUGGCUGAUUUUGUGGUUACUCUGAUUUCUCCCUCAGUUCUUAAAGAGAAGAAUUUCAGUUCCAGCGUUAGAACUAAAAAAUAUUUUCUUCUGACAAGUUUAUUAUAAUUAAUUGAAUUUGUUUACCGCUUGGUCUACUGAGAGUUGAAGGAAUAUAUAUAUAAAUAAAAUCUCCAACUAAUUAUUUCAAGAUGCAUUUAAAGUAUACCUGAUGACAGCUGUCAGCUUCCAUGACUUUCAUGGAACCUGGUCCAUAGAUGGAUAUAAUAAACUUGGACUAGAUGGGAACUGGCAUAGUGGAACACACAGUUAUUUAAACAUUAUGUUGUUUGGGAAAGCUUCUGUUGCAGUAGUGAGCUGACUUAAGCCUUGCAUGGUCUGUUACUUUACCAGAACAUCAAUGCUUCACCCUCAAACCCUUUUUCUUUUUUUUGCAGCUAAGGCAGGGUGGUCCAACGCGUGGCCCAAGCACCAUGUGUGCCCCUCAUGGCCUUUUUUGGCAGCCCUCAGCAACAUUUGACUCCCCACCCCAGUCUUUGCACUGCCUUCCCAAAGUUGGGUAAGCAAGGUGCUAGGCUUUGGGAAGGAGGCAUAAGGGCUCUGAGAGGGUCCUAUAGUUCUUCCACCUCCUUCUCAAAGCUUAGUUAGCAUUUUUUCAGCUUUGGGAAGGUGUAGGAAGGGCCCUAGGAUCCUGCCUGAGCCUGCCGCCUCUUUCUCAAAGCCUGGCCCCUUGCUUACCUGGCUUUGGGAAGACAGGGCUGGAACGAGGGCACCAAAUUUUGGCUUUGCUCCCCAUCCCUGUGUGACAAUGCAGUGUGUGGCCCAUACGUUCCGUGGUGAAGUACUCUUGUGGCCCACUUAAUGUGAAAAGUUGGGCCACCCUGAGUUAAGGUAUAGCAAAUGUAGCUUAUGUGAUGUUCAGUUUGCCCUUUUGUUUAGGAACAUAAGAAGGAUCUUGCAGAAUAAGAACAAGGCCCAUCAGUAAUCAAUAGGCAAUACAUGGUCCUACAUGAACGUUAGCUGGUGACCUGCUUGUGUAUAGUGUUUCUAUACUCAGCCCAUCCUUGAUCUGUUGCUUGGAUUACCCAGCUGCUUAUUCUGGGGGUUUCCUGUUUAAAGUGUGCCUGCGACGCUUUCCCACUUACUGGGGAAAAUGAAGUAGAUCUUUUUGCAUGGCUUAUUUUGUACAUCCUUUCAACACUCCUGAUGGCAUUUCUCUGACAAGGCAUCUUAACCCAUCCCUUAUUUAUUUUGCCCUUUUUACACAACAUUCUCUUAGAUAUCAUUUUGGAUACAAAUCCAAAAAUCAUAAAAAGAAAGUUUAACAUAAGGGGAUUUUAUGUAUUAUGUGUUUUGGAUGCUUCCAAAUUACAUUAUGAAACCCAUCCUGGCUUUUAAUGUACAAAUGCUAGACAGCAGUUUUUAUUGUGUGAAACGUUUAUGAUCAAAAGGGUAUCCAAAGGUGCAUGUAUAAGAAAAUUGAUCUAGAAAAUUUCUCUCCCUAAUAUCUGACCCACCUGAUGCUUCUGGACUACAGCUCCCAUUAUCCCUGACCACUGGCCAUGCUGCUUUGAGCUGAAAGGGGUUGGAGUACAUGGUCAUAUUGCUGUUUAGAAAAGCAUAAGGAGUACCAGGCCACCCCCACUCCAAGGAGCUUACUAAGGCUCCAGUACUAUUAAUAUGUACUCAGAAAUAUAGGUCCUGUUGUUUUUGAUGGGAUUUACUGCUAGGUAAGAAUGCAGUCUCUACCCCCUUACGUGGAAUUGAGCCCCACUGAACUCAGUUGGGCAUGUUUCUCAUUGACAAUCAUAGCUCAACCCCUGGUGUCUCCAGGUAGGGCUGGGAAAGACCCCUGUCUGAAACCCUGGAUAGCUGACAGUACUGAGCUAGAUGGAUCAGUGGUGUGGACUUGGUAUAAGGCAGCAUUCAAUCUUUCUAGCUUCCAGCAUGGCUAAAGAUUGCUAAAGUAUGCUUGUAAAUAGGCUAGUUAAAAAGUGGUACACAGGGAAAACAUUAAGGACUAAUUUCACUUUGUAUUUAUAUGUAAAGUUGGAGAUUUUUAAUGCACAUUCAGUAUAAUCUACAGAAUGACAAGUGGAUUGUCUACUCUUAAUUUUUUUAGAGUGUGCUCUUGUGUAUCAGGAAUGCACACAAUCCUGCUUCCUCACAUUUCUAGAACUUUUUACAUUGAUAUUUUGAUAAAGUAAGUAUCAUAAUUCUAUGAAUACAGUGGUAGCUUGGUUCUUGAAUGGCUUGGCUCCUGAACGCUGCAAACUCGGAAGUAAGUAUUCCAGUUUGUGGACUUUUUUUGGAAGCCAAACUUCCGACGUGGCUUCCGCUUGACUGCAGGAAGCUCCUGCAGCCAAUUGGAAGCCGCACCUUGGUUUUCAAAUGGUUCCGGGAGUUGAACAGACUCCUGGAAUGGAUUAAGUUCGACAACCAAAGUACCGCUGUAUAUUAUUUUAAGACAGUUUCCCUAAAUUUGCAAAAGUAGUUAAAAACAAGUACUGCUCUAAUUUAGAUUGAAAGUCUGUGUAGCUAUUUUGUAUUGGACAUUUUAAUAAAGCAAAGAGGCUUUUGCAGUUUCUUUAUCUUGAAAUGUUACUUUAACCAAUAAAGUAACAUUUAUUUGUUAGUAAAGGAACCUUGUUAGUUUUGUCUAGUGCUAUUUUUCUAGAAAAAGAGUUGCCGGAAUUCACCAUGAACACCUCCUUCAUUCUCAUUAGAGUAGCAAUUGUGACCACCUGAGAGGUGCCAGUGAAAAAAAACUCCUGAGGAAGUGCAAAAGAUCCUUGGUUCAAUUCCUGUCAUCUUUCGGUAGGGCUGGAGAAGACUCUGAAACUCUGAGGAACUACUUCCAGCCGGGAAAAUGAUACUACGCUAAAUGUAUUGGCAAUCCAGCUGUGUAAUAUAGCUUCUAUGGUUCCAGUACUGAAAAUACAUUAGAAGAAAGAAGGCAAAUUAUUUCUUUGCAUUUGGCAGAUGACUAGUUGCUUCAUAUCUAUGGAAAGCAGAGAUUUUUCAUUUAGUAUCACUAAGAGCACAGUCUAAAUCCCUGGCCAUCAGCAGUGGAGCUUGAUGGAGUAGUGUGACCGCCGCCACCACAUCCACAGCACUGUUGCCUGUGCUGACCAGGACAGAAAUUGGGGGCAUGGAGAACAGCAGCAGGGCCAGCACAAGAUCCAGUGGAUUCUGUGGCCACCCAAUCCCUUAAUGCUCCAUGCAAGUGGUAGCAUUAAGUGGUACCAUCACCAGUGGUAUCUUCUGCCCACUCACCAUCUAGGCAGGCACAUUGGGUUGUUCCUGACCAGCAGAGCUGGACUGGGCAGGACACUUCUGCUUCAUUCAAAGCCUCUCCAGCACGGCAGGUUGAGGGUUUAGAUUGCUCUAUUGUACAAUUGUUAAUAUUAACACAGAAGAACCAAAAACUAUCUUCUGGCCUCAUUUAUGUAGUGUGUUCUUAAAGCAGGUUUCUAAGCUAUGUUCAAAUGAGCCUCUGGUUAUGUUAAAGCUAGUGAUCACAAGUCGCUGCCAUUAUAGUUCUGGAAAUCCUUUCUGUAAGUAAGAUAUUCAUAUACUAUAUAUUUAAACAGAGCAGGCUACUCUGCUCCUUGGUAUAGCUUCUUACCAUAAGGAAGGCAAUUGAUCCAAUAGUGGUGCUUGAAGUACCAGAAUCUCUUAUGGAAGAAGUAUUUCUUAUUUGAAAUUGGAGACUAAAAUAAAAGCUUAUUUCAUUCCACAUUGCAGAUUUGGAUUUUCUGAACUGUUAAUUACUGACUUGCAUUUUUUACAACUAUCUCAGGUCCUGGAGUUCAAAUAAAUAGCUAUUUCCAGCAAGAGUUUCCUAGUCUGCAGGCAGCUGGUGAUCAAGAGAAGACUAAAGAGAAGGAUGCAGCUGAAGAGCCUUAUGGUCCUGGGCCCAGUUUACGACCACAAAGUAAGUAUACAUAAAAUGUAAUAAUAGUUUUGAAUACAGUUUUAAUUAGUUUUUAGUCCAUGUUACCAUUCUUAAAGUAACAUGCAAAUGAAUUCUACCAGCUCUUGAAGAAACACUUGUUCACAUAGACAUUUGCUUGAUCUCUUGACGUAAAUUAAAUAUUAGUCAAUGAAGCUGACAACAAGCACAGACUCAGAUGCUCUAGCUUCCUCCUCUGCAUCAGAUGUAAUUGGGAAAAAAGCAUUUAGCCAGUUUUAUAUCCAAACCGAGCCCAGUAGUUUGCCCUUCUUCUAAAAAUAACUUAUAAAAAUUCUGACAUGGUUUGCAUUCAUGGUAGUUGAGAUCAGGGACGGGAAACUUGUGUCUCUCUGGAUGUUGUUAGACAACAACUUCCAUCCUUGGCCGUGUUGGCCAGGGCUGAUGCGAGUUUGAGUCCAACAGCACCUGCAAGGCCACUAGUUCCUCAUUCAAACCUACAAUCAAAUCACGACUGCUGCUUGUCUACAGUCAUUUUCCACCUGAUCUGUUAUCCAGGCUGUAGGUUCAUUGGCCUUUAGAAAUGGAGCAAGUGGUGUAACUGGAAUGUCAGUUAAUACAUAAUGCCAACCAUAAUUAGCACAAACUACAGUUUGCAAACCCACUUCAAAAUGUGGCUUCUGAUUGGGUUUUGCCAGACUGUUGCAUAUUGUGGUUAACCAAUUCAAACACUACAUUAAACUAUAAUUCAGCUUCUUUAACCACUGUUAGUAUAGUGCCUUAAUUGAGCCAGCGAUAGCCCUAUUGAAAACAGCAACUGCUGAAUGUUCUCGGUUAUAGAGAGCUUGAAUUGAUCAAGUUAAACCAUUUCUGUGGCUAAAGUGGACUAAUUCUUGGUGGUGUCACAGCUCAAGUAGGCUGAGAUGACAGUUUUGUCACUGAAGGUCCUUUUUGGGGUGUGUGGGGUGGAUGAAGCUGGUGAUAAAUAUACCAAGCACUUUUUGCACAACACAAAAUAAAUGGUGUUCAGAAAUCUGUUUAAAAUAUAACCUCCCCUAUCCCAUUGCAGAUGUUGCUAGCUGGCGAGAAGGUGGAGGCAGGAAUCUGAACUCUCCAAAUUCUCCAACUGAUCAAGAAGCAAAACCUGUUGCUCAAGAAGACGGUAAUGUGCCUGGACCAGUAGAACAGAGUGAUGGCCCCAAGGUACCAGAGAAGAGGGAUAUAAGGAUAGCACUGCCACCUGCUCCCAAGCUUAAUGGUCAGCAACAGCCUGGGAUCAUAUCUCAGUACAGAGCAAUGAUACCACCUUAUGUAAGUCAUGUCCAUCAAUAUCUUGUAGACUUCUUUCUCUUGAGGGAUCUGAAAGGAGGGAAACUUUCCUUUGAAGUGGAAUUGCUAAGCUCUUUGCAGCUAUGAUGUUUAUAUUCCUGUUGCUGUUAAUUGCUGAGAGACAUUUUCUGCUAGCAAGUGAUGUGAUUGAGAAAUCAUAGAGCACCAAGGGACUUGCAAAAAGGCACACACCUAAAUAACUUAACUGUAUAAAGUUGUCAAUUUAAGAGUUUGUUAAUUUUAGGUAGACUUCAGUUUUUAUUUCUGGUAUAUUAUAUAAAUGCUCACUUUCCAAUUUAUGAUUUUGGUAUUUAAUUAAAUUCCAAUGUUUACAUAGCUGGUGUUUUGUUUUUUCCUUAGAUGUUUAACCAGUACCCUAAAUUGGCAUAUCCUCAAAUGCCAGGUCCCAGCAAGUUCCCUGCUCCAUCUGAGGCUACCAGGUAAAAAUACCAAUUACAUGCUCGUAAAACUUUUUGAUAUCGCAACUAUAUUUGCAUAAUGCAUAUAUAGUCUUAUUUAACAUAAUUUUAAAACCAUGAUUAUUUUAAACUUUAAAGAGGAUGCAACAAUACAAAGCAUAAAAUUACUAAAGCAUCAGUGGUGCAUAGUCCAGUGUUAGCAAAACAUCAGUAGUCAACCUAUAGGUGCAUGUUUUUGCACAGUUUUCCCUUAUUCAUAACAUUGGACCCUGUACCGUUGAUAUUUUUGUAUAGCUUUUAAAACUGUUGUCCAUUGAUGAUAUAUAUUGUUGUGUGUCUUUGGUUUAUAUUAAAUUGUCUCUGUAUUCUUUCAGCAGCACUGGGGAAACCUCAGACACCCAAGCACUUAAUAUGUCAGCACUUAGAACUUUUUUCCUUUCUGAUUCUUUAACAUUUGAUUCUGACAUCUAGUAAUUGAAAAUAGUUCCCUUUGUUAAUUAAACUUGCUGUUUGUAAACAAGUAUCUACUUUUUUCAGUAUUGAGCUUAAACUAAUCUUAAGUCUCUUCAGUAACUUAACUAUGAAAUACUGAUAUAUAAACCCUACAUGAUAGAUUGCUUUCUUUUUCUAGAGGACCAAGGGGUAGAGGGCCCUCUUCAUGGAGCUCAGAAACUGUAGAACGCCCAGCCAUCCUAAGUGCUAAUGAGCUCAAAGAACUUGACAAGUUUGAUAAUUUGGAUGCUGAAGCUGAUGAAGGCUGGGCUGGUAAGAACAUUAAUAUCAGUGAACAUUUAACUGGUUGCAUGUAGAAAAGUGUUUUGCAGUGCUGACCUACAAUUCUUUAUUAUUCUAGGAGCCCAGAGUGAGGUAGAUUAUACUGAACAGUUGAACUUCAGUGAUGAUGAUGACCAAGGAAGUAACCAGAAAGAACAGUAUAGCAGGUGAUUUAUAAAACACACACACACACACACACGAAAUAUUCAUGUUUAGAAAUUUGAAAUAAUCAGCUAGUAUUUGUACUACAUUUGUAAAAUGCCCUCGAGAGACUGAGAGUUAUGUAGUAGCUAGAGUUUUGGAUGUGGGAAACACAGCUAUAAAUUGCAACUUGAGAAGAUUAACAUAAUCUUCAUAAUUAACAUAAAAAGCAUGUUUCAUGUAAAAAGGGUGGUAUGCAAAAUAUGACCUUUUAUGAUCCCCUUCAUGCAGUAAUGAACCUACAAAAGAUGUGGAGAAGAAAGAUUCAGAAGAACAUAAAUCAUCUGCUCCUUUGCAGUCAGUUGGUUCCAAAGUGCCAUAUAAUAAAAGCAACUACUUUGAUCAGGUAUUUUUAUCUAAUCACUUUUCUCUCCUGAUGUAUAAGUUACAAUUUAGGUGUGCAUUAUCCAGAUACUAUUGUGAUAGAGCUAGUUAAGUGCUGGUAUGCCUCUCCAACCAGUGUUAAUGAAAGUGUAAAUGAAGUAAUGAAACAUGCUUUGGAGGGGAAUUUACAUAAAAUAAGGGUGUUGUGUUGGGUUUUUUAGGUUUUUUCCCCCAAUUACUCUUAUCAUAGCUUCCCUUCUGACUGAGCUGCAUUUUGCAUCCCAACAAGUUAUAGCCUCUCUUUUUGAGGUAACCACUUGGUGUAUUGAAUUGGUUAGUACCUUUUAAACCUAUCAUUGAUUAAGUGGGGUUAAAGGUGAUGGAAUCCAACAGUACAGUGGUACCUUGGGUUACAGACGCUUCAGGUUACAGACUUCACUAACCCAGAAAUAGUAUCUCGGGUUAAGAACUUUGCUUCAGGAUGGGAACACAAAUCGCGCGGCGGCGGCGCAGCAGCAGCGGGAGGCCCCAUUAGCUAAAGUGCUACCUCAGGUUAAGAACAGCUUCAGGUUAAGAACGGACCUCCAGAAGGAAUUAAGUUCUUAACCCAAGGUAACACUGUAGUCAAAAGACCUAGUCUGUCCAUUUCCAUUUGGAACAUUCUGCAUAUAUCUGAUCUGCCAUAUAUGUGAUUGUUGACAAAACAAAGGGUUUUUUGGAUGAACUGAAAAAAGUCUUUCUUUCUGAGAUAGCAAGCCUGUGUUUAUGUGUUCAUGUAAUUGAAUGCUCAUACAGAUUGAAAGAUUCUUUCUAAAUAGAGAAUUGGCAUUAUUUAACUUUCUGUGCAGCUAAGUGCUCCUGCAAAAGACAGGUACCUAGUCUCUGUGCUGACAUGGAAACUGACUGGAGACUGCAUGCCCCACAUAAGUACAGUCCCUACGUUGGCACUGAGAGGUUUUGAGACCAUUGUAGUCUGAAGCCUUUAGCACAUUUGAACUCCAGUUAUUAGAGACACUGAACAGAUUUAUGAUUUGGCUGAUUUAAGAAUGUUUGAUUCUGUUGCUGGAUAUUUUGGGGAUUUUAGUGUUGGCAUAGAACGAUGAAUCCUAACCCCGGACCCCUGGCCUAGGGGAUGAUGGAAGUGAAGGAAGCCAGUGCUGGAUCCAAAUCCUUGCCAGCUUCUGUUGGCCAGGACAGGAAGGUCACAUUUUUUGUUCUGGUUUGCGUAUUGUUAUGCUGCACUAUGUUGCUGCAACAGAAAGACCUGGAUCAAGCCCCUGGCCUGUCACUGGGCCCGUUUAGGAUCCAGCAGCCCCCUGGCUGACACUAUUCCACCCACUCAAAACAACCCUUUUGGGGGUGUUGUGGCAGCCACUGCCAGUGGGAAUAUGGCUGGUGGUAACACCCAAACAGUGCCACACCUUCAGUGACCACAGUUCCUUCAGUAGCCAGCAGCACUGGACAAAAGGACACCUCUGCCCUUUUUCCCUUCAGGAGCAUGAAGGUGUGUGUGUUAAGAAUGAUUCCUAAGUGAGUAAUUACAUGUUGUGUACAUCAUACUGAGUACAUCCAACUGAAAGGGAACUAGUAAAGGAUUACAUCAACAGCAUUUGGUUUGUUUCACAAGAAUAUUUACGGUUGUGCUUUUUAAUCCAAUAGGAACGCAGUCUGACACCAGCCCAGUCUUUAGUGCUUGAGAGGGGCAGUUCUGGGCUUCAGCCAAAAUCUGUUCAGGUAUGAGCAAAAUUCACCUCUGGGCCCAACUGUCAAUCCUUAACUUUCUCUAAUUUUUUAGUAAAAUGUAAGAUUAUGCUUUGCAUAGUAGUCAUGCAGUGCACAUUGUAAUACAUGGAAGACCAGCUGAUUUUUUCAUUCCAUUUGUUUUUUCCUUUAAAUGACUUUGUAGACUUCAAAGAGGCCUUUGGAUGUGUAGCAAUGCAUGUCCAGGGAGUGAUUUCCCCCUUCAGGCUACAGUCCCACACAUCACAUCAAAUGCUGCUCCAAGGGCCCUCCCUUAGCAGUGCCAUAGUAAGGCAGAGGAGGUAUAUGCUCUGAAUGGGAGGCAACAAAUCCCUGGUUCCUAUGUUUAAUAUCUAUGCACAAUCUUCUGGAUCCCAGCUGCAAUACUUUGCAGUAAAUUACUUUCAGUUGAGAGAUUAAAACAGGCUAUCUUCUCCACUCCUUACAAUCCACAUUUUUAAAAUGUAGUAAUUCCAUAAAAUACAGCACAGGGAAUUGGACUGUGGUCUGCAAACUUCAUUCAGGUGGCCCACAGCAUGUCUUUGAAGAGCAUGUAACAGUUUUAAUUCUGUGGAAUUCAAAUUGUGAUACAGGUGACUCAGCUUACACUUGAGUUACAUUCCGGGGAUAACACCUAAAACCAAAAUGACGUAUAGUCGAAACACAUUAGGUUCAGUGGGCGGGUGCGAUUGCCAAAGUCUUUCCCCCCAAACGCUCACCCCCUUUCCAUCCCUUUUAAAAUCUUAAAAGAAAUUUUGCCAGGUGCAUAAAGCUGAAUGCACAAAAGUUAAAUGUGCACAAGUUGCAAGUAACAUGUGCAAUAAAAUACCUGUAAGCAGUGUUAGAAACUCAAAUAUAUAAACUAAUUGUCAGAUCGCAACUUAAACUUAGGUUAUGGAUGCCACAAUGGAAUGUCUAGGAGCCCUUUUUCCCAAUGAAAUUUAGUAGUGGUAGUAGUCAUUUCAUUUCUAUACUGCUUUAUAUUUUAUUGAAAAAAUCUCAAAGCUUUUACAGCAUUAAAACAUCAAAUUAAAUACAGAAUAAAACAAAUUCAAGCUUCAAGGAAAAUAUUUCAGAUUCUUCUCCAAUUGACAUUUUGCUUCCCCCUUAUUUAUUUACCCACUUAAUUUAUAUAGCUUGCCCCAUAGCAGAAGUACUGUAGGGAGCCAGUAGUGUGGUAUAGUGGUUAGAGUAUUGGACUUGGACCUUGGAGGACAGGGUCAAAUCCCUACUCAGUCAUGAAGCUCACUGGGUGAUCUUGGGCCAGUCACAGCCUCUUAACCUAUGUCACAGGGUCAUUGUAGGGAUUAACUGAGGAGGAGGGUGAUCCAUGUACUCCUUGGAGAAAAAGGUGGGAUAUAAAUGCAAUAAAUAAGUUCUUCUGCUUAGCUUCUUAAGGACCCAACCAGAUGGGGGUGCCAUUUGCCAACCCGGCGUACAGAGAUCUCCACAUGGUUGCAGUUGGGAAUUUCUAACACUGCAUUUAAGAAAUAAAAGAAGCAAUAAUAUAUUUAUAAAUCCUGCAGCACCCUGCACAGCACAUUGCAAUUGCUACAGCAGGCAGAAAAAUAAAUAAGUGUUCUGCCAAGACCCUUUGCAAUUUUCCAAGUGGUCCAUGGGUCGGAGAAGUUUGGAAACCACUGCUGGCAAAUAUUUAUUGCAGCUAUUUCUUUAUUCUUUGCUUGUCAGUUUACAACGAAUUGAAAAGAUGCUUUUAGAGUAGUAGGUGUUUGCAGUGCCCUUAGCCCUAGCAUUAUUCUCUGUUAAGAUAAAGUUUUCUUCCUCCUUACAACUUUUAAUUGAGGCCCAUUCUUCUGCACAGCUGCCCAACUAGGGGGAAAUAAAUAGAACUCUGGGAUUUCCAGCAGAAUUGCACAUUUCUAGUUUGCAUUGCUUGUGAUCAGCACUUCACUUGUUAGGCCUAACUUUAGUGUGAGACCUUCUGACAGUUCAUAGAUUGAAGACCCCUGUUUCAGAGUUGAUAAAAGAACCAUUGAAUCACUUUGCAUAUACACUUCUGUAGUGGGUCUAAAACUGCCUUUGUUUGAGACUUUUGCACUUUUUUAUUUCAAAAAACAUAGCAUCCACUUCCAGAUCGCUUGGCAGGGCCAGGAAAGCAAGGUCCCUUUCCUCCUAGGCCAACACCAGAUGAGGAUGAGAUUUGGAAACAGAGGCGAAGACAGCAAGCAGAAGUAUCUGCAGCUGUAGAACGAGCCCGUAAAAGGCGAGAGGAAGAGGAGCGAAGAAUGGAAGAGCAAAGAAAAGCAGCAUGUGCUGAAAAGCUAAAACGGUUAAAUGAGAAAUUUGGCUGUGUAACAAAACCACCCCGAGAAGACCCACUGAAAGAAAAAGAAAAGGAGAAGGAAAAGGAGAAGGAUACUGAUAAGGAGAGGGAAAAAGUAAGUGAAAAGGAAAAAGACACAGUGAUAGAAAAGGAAAGGGAAGAAAAAGAAAACCAAGAGAGGGAAAAGGAAGCAGAGAAGGAAAGGGAAAAAGUGGAGAGGGAAGAAGCAGAAGAGAAACCAAAGGCUGAAGUGUCUGAACCUCAAGAGCCAAUCACUCCAUCUGUUACAGUUGAGAAGCCACAAGAAAGUGAAAGCAGCAGUAAAGAGGAGAGAGGUUUGUACCAGUUAUUUUGUUUGUUUAAAGUAAGCAACCUGCUGUCUGUAACUAGAAUCCUAACUAUAGCACUGCCUAAGAACUGUACAGUGGUACCUCGGGUUGCAAACACCUCGGGUUACAAACACUUCGGGUUACCUGAAAGUAGUACCUCGGGUUAAGAACUUUACCUCAGGAUGAGAACAGAAAUUGUGCAGCCGCAGGAGGCCCCAUUAGCUAAAGUGGUACCUCAGGUUAAGAACGGUUUCAGGUUAAGAACGGACCUCCGGAACGAAUUAGGUUCGUAACCAGAGGUACCACUGUACUACUUUUAGUUUUGGAUAUAUUGAAGGAAAUGUCGUAAAUUGUUUCAGAAUGCCUCAUGGGUUAAUCAUAAAUGAGAUAAAUAGCAACUGCAUUCAGCAUCUUGUAAACUAAGGCUAGAAGACAAAGCUUACUUGGUUGUGAUUACAUGUGCCUAGAUCAGUGGUUUUUAACCAGUGUGUCAUGGCACACUGUGGUGCCUUGAAUUAUGGGUCGGGGUGCUGCAGGCAACACUGGCCUCUGUCCCUCUUUCCUUCCCUCCCUCCCUCCCUCCCUCCCUCCUCUGAUGCCCUCUCAAGUCUCUGCGUCCUAAAGGCUUGCACAGCUGUUUGUUGCAGCAGUGCUGACAACAAGCUCUCCAGGUGAAUGGUGCCACUGGUGCUGGCCAGGGGAUGCUGGUCGCCAGGAGCUGAGGCGGCCUUGGAAUAUUCAAGCAAGUGGGCAAUGGAACCCAGCCAGCCAGUCCACCCCAGCCCUUGCUGUUGAGAAUGGACAAACCAGUGGGAGUCUGGGCAGGCAGGCACUGCGCUCGCCUUUCUGGUGCUUGCUGUAUGCAAGGCCUGCCUAGAAGCUGAGUGCCUAGUGCUGAUAGGGAGCCUUUCCACCAUGCAGGCCCUGCAGCACCCACUGCUGCUUCCCAAGCUAAGGUGCUGGCCUCAUGUUCACCUUGGGCCACUAAGGCUGGGGGCAUCCUUUUCCCAGGCCCCUGUGGGGCAGUGUGAGGAGGCACCUCUCUUUGGGGCAGGGUGGUGCAGCUCAGAGACCAGGACCAGCAGCAGCAACUGCCUGGAUGACUCUCAAGGAGAGGAGAGAAGAAAGGAGGCUGCGGGGACACCCCACGAGAGAGGGUGUUCGAAAAAGGGUGAGAGGCUGCCAGCUCUGCAGACAAGGGGUGACAUAACUGGGCUCCUGAACCCCACAGGGUGCCGCAGAAAUAAUGUGGUUGGUCAAGGAAGCCGUGAACUCAAAAAGGUUGAAAACCUCUGGCCUAGAUUAUAAAGUAGCAUUUGUAAUAUCUGAAAUAAUAAGUCUUCUGACAGAAAAUUUAUAAGGUGGGUUUAAAACAAACCUUCCUGAUGAAUGCCUGAAAGGUCAGGAGCAGGAUGCAUUUGCAAGUUUUGUCUAAUCAAUUUUGAAUAGUAUGUGCCACAUUCCAGAUAAAUAUGUAUAUUAAAAACAUUGCUUCAGUCCUUCAUGCAUUAAAGUUAAUGGGGUUUUAGUUGCAUGACUGUCACCAGGAUUGCGGCCAAUGUACACAUUGCUAAAAAAGCAAGCUGUCACUUAUGUUUAUUAACAAAGUGCUUAAUUUGCAAUGGGAACUGCUUCAGUGACAGCUUCCAAAAAGCCUCUAAAAACACAUUGUUUUAAUCUGCACAUCUAUUCCAGAUUUAUGGAGAUGGAAUUCUUGUUUAAGGUGAGAUUUCUAAACCGUUUGUAGAUCAGGAACAUAAUAGGUAAUGGCCUCUGUUUAUUACAAGGUGUCCUGAACUGUGGUCUGUGCACUUUCCAUAGCUUACGUACCUAUUUCCAUGGGGUGUGCUUUCAAGAUAACAUUUUCUUACCUGUGCCACAUUUGUGUAGUUUCUGCCUCUCCUAUUCCCCAGUUUCAGCAUUGCUUUGUCAUGAUGUCCAAUAAGUCUUUUAAAAAUCCCACCUACAUUAAUAUUUAAGAUAAUUGGAGUGGUUUUUGAGUUUGAACUUGUAAUCAUCCAUAUUUAUCAUACAUGGUGCCAAUGUUAUUUUUCUCUUGCAUUCCCCACCGCUGGACAGUGUGUCAAGCUAUUUCCACCACUCAAGAAAGCAAUCAUAGUGAAAGAGAAAGUUCUCAUGAAAGCGAGACUGAUUCUGGUGCUCAGCCUCGUCCUGCUAUUUCUUCUGGCUAUUCAAAACAGUUUCAGAAAUCAUUGCCACCAAGGUUUCAGAGACAACAGGUAAAAGGAUAGCACUUUGAGAUUAAUACAUAUAGUUAUUAAAUUGUGGGAGAUGAAGUUAUGGGUUGGAUUGGUGUUUUCCCCUUGCUUUUAUUAUGUAUUUAUUUAUUUUGCAUUUCUGCACUGUGAACUGCUGUGAGAUCUUCAAAUGAAGGAUGGUAUACAAAAUUAAUUAAUUAAUAGUAUAAAUUUGCAUUCUCAGGGUGAAUAAUCAUAAAACUUGCGGGGGGGGAAUUGUGAUUUGUGGUUAAGGGGAGACACCAGACAAGUAACUAAACUUUACUGUAAGAUGUGGGUAACAUGGAGUAGUUGGCAAGUAAUAACUUCCCGUAUUCAUAAGUGUUUUGUAACCUUUGCUGUUAUUCAAUGAUCUGUCAGCCAUAGCUUGCCAUCUAUCAUAUUUAAGAUUUGCAAAUGUUACCAUGCUGGAACUAAGCAUUCAAAUUACAGUGCCAGAUGAUUCAUUUGUCUGUCCACUAUGUUCCUCAGUGCUAAGAUAGUCUUGUCUUCCCCAUCCAAGUUUUUCCAAUAAUGGUCCUCCUUGUUUCCUUCUUUUUGUCCUCAGUGACCUAAUACAGUGAUAACACUUCCAAAUGCUAAUUCCUCCUGUCCUUAUUAUUAACCAUGGCUAAGGUUUAUGUCUAUUGUCUUGGCCAUAUCUAGCAAACAUUAACCUCAUAAUCAGAGCUUGAAGCUUAAGAGCAUUAUGUGUGUACCAAUGAAUUAUUGGGUUCAAUUGGAAUUGGAGCAUAGCCAAAAAAGCUCUGAAAUCAGGUGCCUAAAACAUUUUUAGGGGGAAAACUUGUUUAAAAGCAAUUUGCUAUAGCUUAUCAAAAAUUUCAUAUUUUCUCUUGCUUUAUAGGAGCAGAUGAAACAGCAACAGUGGCAGCAGCAGCAGCAGCAAGGGGUCCUACCACAGUCUACACCUUCUCAGCCUUCUGCUGGCCCUGUUCCCCCACCACCACAUAGACCGCUCUAUCAGCCCAUGCAGCCACAUCCCCCACAUUUGGCUUCUAUGGGCUUUGAUCCACGGUGGCUCAUGAUGCAAUCUUACGUGGAUCCACGAAUGAUGUCAGGAAGGCCUGCUAUGGAUAUGCCACCCAUGCAUCCAGGUACAAAUCUCACCUAUACUAAUGGUGUUUAGUUGGCUCUCAAUUUGUUGCUCGACACAAUUCAGAGUGCUUAUUUUAGAGUUCUAAAGCCCUAAAUGGUUUGGGACAAAGGUCCCUAAUGGUUUGCCUACUCUAAUGUGAAUCGGUAUGGCAAUUGAGAUCCUCCUUUGGUUGGCUCAUUUUAGACUGAUGGCUACUGAAAAAGUUGCUUCUGUAUUUGCAUCCUGCUAGUGGAACUCCUUCUUAAAAGAGAUGCAUCUUACACCUUUGUUAUAUCCUAGCAAAACGUGUUCUGUUUCUGUGGAAUUAUGGUACUCUAAUUUUGGCAAUUUAAUUUAUUGUCGUAUGUGGUGUGUUUCACUACAUCUGGCUGCCCAGUUUAUUUCAUAGAUGUUUACUGACUGCUAAAUUAGAGAGUUGCUGUAUUGUUGUUGUUUUCAAAAGGGGUGGUUUAUGUCUGUUUGCUGUUAUCCCAGUGGUCCAAACAUAUUUUCUUCUAUGAUUACAUGAUGGCUGAUCUCUAGGGAUACCCCCUACCUCCCUAAAGUCUUUUCUCCUGCCUUUAUAGUGAAUGACUUCCAAGUCUGCACUGUUCUGCUGAUUUUUAUCUGAUUUGUUUAAGGCUCCUCUUUUGUAGGCAAGGGAGAGAAAAAAGACAGCAGUAGUGAACACUGUUCUUUCCAGGCUGAGCUUAUUCCUGGCCCACAGUUCUUAGGACUGUGAGCAAGCCUCACAGCUGCGUUUCAUUCCCCUUUGCAAAUAAUUCAACAGAGGCAGGAGGGGUGGAUAAGUGCAUUUAGGCUUCCCUUUGCAACCUUUGUUCAGGCUCAUUGAGCUCUUCAAUGCAGGGUGUGGGUCCCAGUCCCUGCUACCUUUUUUCAUCUGAUCUUUUCUCCCUCUUGGGAUUUCUGCAUGUUUAUUUCUCCUCCAAGUCAGCUGAACCCAUUCUUUGAGGGGCAUAUAGGAUUAAGUGUGGGCAAAGUCCCGUUAUACAUUCCUUUGAAAUGUUUUUUUGGUGAUGCACAAUGGAAUCCUACCACCUGACCUGUUCUUGGGAUGAUUAAGAUACAGUGGUACCUUGGUAGUCGAACGCCUUAGUUGUCAGGGAAAAAUCGACUCCCAGACGUUGCAAACCCAGAAGUGAGUGUUCUGGUUUGCAAAUGUUUUUUGGAAGUCGAACAUCAUCUGAUGCGGCUUCCGAUUGAAUGCGGGAAGCUCCUGCAGCCAAUUGGAAGCCGCACCUUGGUCUUUGAACUGUUCCAGGAGUCGAGUGGACUCCUGCAACAGAUUAAAUUCAAGAAACAAGGUACCACUGUAAUUCCAGAAGCUUCUUCCUGUUCCCAACCCCUCUCUGUGGGCUUAAGGCACUUUAUUGGGGUUCUAUCCAGCUUAGGAAAGCUCUCUAGAAAUUGCAUUGUCCUUGGGCACAGUCUAUCAAGAAAAUUACUAUGUAAGUUUUAGUUGUGAUGGCAUAGUUGUUGCUCAUUUCAGAGGAGUCUGGCUAAGAUAUCUCUUUGACAGACAGCAGAAAGCUGCAGGUGCUUUUUUUGUUUUUGUUUUCUUUUAAACUCUGUUACAAAUAAGAAAUUGCUGAAUACCAGCAUCAGUAAUUAGUAACAUCACUAAACAUUACAUUAAAUGCUGCCAGUUGUACUCUGUUACCUUUAGGCCUUUUCUUUCCACAGAACAUAUUCAAAAGUCAGGAUGUCCCAUUGUGAAGAGGGGAGGGAUCUUAAGAUGCUUUCAAAAUGUGCUGCUAUAUUUUUUAAUGGGCAAGCAGGAAGGUUCUAGCCUUUGUAGAGUUUUGUGCUAGGCACAGAUUCUAAGUACUGUGAUGUUGUAUGCUAGUGAGUCUGUCACAGUACUUCAUGAAGAAAACUUUACAAGCCUUAGAAAAGUCACUCCACAACAACAUUUCUUUGUGAGAAGAAAAUUUUUAUUAACAGCUUCUAAAUUUAAAAAUUCCAUUUGUAAGAUCAUCUUGAUGUGUAGGGUUCUGACACAACGGAACACUGUGACGAGUGCCAGAGUGCACGGAAACGCCAUUUACCUUCCCAUAGCAGCGGUAUGCUUUCAAACUGCUAGGUUGGCAGAAGCUGGGACAGAGCAAUGGGAGCUCACCUCGUCACAUAGAUUUGAACCGCUGACCUUUCAGUUACUUUUUUGAGCUGUAUGGUUUAACGUCUUAAUUUCAAUAUCUCCAUUAUAGGAAUAAUACCUCCUAAGCCACUUCUAAGAAGGGACCAGAUGGAAGGGGCAGGAACUGCUGCGGACUCUUUUGAUCAUGUUACUCGAUCAGCAAGGGAGCAUGCUAUUCCUCUGUCAGAACCGCGCAUGGUGUGGGGGUCAGAACCAUAUCCUCAUGCAGAGCCUCAGCAGACUAGCAAUCCCCCCAAAAUCCUAGAAGACACUGAAGAUCUAAGGUAAGCUUUGGGAUUCUCUUACUGUAUUCUGUUUAUCUUUUUCUGCAUUAUCCUAUUGCAUCUUGUGCAUUUCACAUACCAUAAAACAGGCCUAGGGAAUAUCUGGCUCAUGGGCCAAGUUAGAUCCAUCUAGGGUUCUAAUUUGGCCCACAAGAUUGUUUCCCUAACCACUUCCUGUUGCCUAAUACCAGACAUAUGUGAUGCCAGUUGAUAUAUAGGUAAGGAUGCAGCUACAAAGGAACAAUUAUGAGCUUAAAAUGGGCUCCCACUUGUUCUUUUACAAGGAUAGCUCACUGUUAAGGAAUCUCACUGGGAUGUGUUGCACUAGGGAGUUCUUGAUGGGUGCACCUGAGGGGUCUGAAGCUGAAAGCAAGACCUUUGAAUGUGUGCUUUCAGCUGUUUGGUGUUCACAGUGCAAAGGGACUCACUUUCAGUGGGGCCUUUUGAAGUUGUUACCUGAUGUCUGCUGUCAAAGUGGCCUUUGGGGGAGGUUGGGAUCUGGCCUGCAGACAAAGCUUGUGAUAGUCCAAGCGCGUUGAGCGUAAAAUCCAAUAACCAAUUGCAAGGGGCAACACUGUUGUUUGCAAAUAACAAAUGCCUUGCUUCAAGUUGUAAGACUAUAUUAGGGACACAUUUUGGGGCACAAAAGAUAUUUCUCAAAUCGGUAGUUUGUAUUCUCUCUCUAGGGACCAGCAGAAUGAUUCUUCCUAAUUGGCUGCUUCAGGGGUUUGUUAGUGCAAUUUGGGGGUGGGGGUGGGCACGGACACUAUUGGCAUGGCCAAUUGUCAGGGCAGGAGUGAUGAGAGUUGUAAUCCAGCAACAUCUGGAGGCCAAAGGCUAGCUACCCCUGUUUUAGCCUCGUCCCCUACCACAAGCUCAUUGGCUAAAAUGCUCUCCAGAAAUGAUUUUCUGUCUUUUGUGAACAUUGUAUGGGCUAAUCCUACAGCAGUUGUCCUGCAUUCUUUUUAUCAUGUUUAAUAUAUAGAGACUUUGAUAGGAAUUCAACUUAAAUUGUGGCUUCCUUCUUUUAGGCCUGAGGCACUUCUGGAUCAAGAACACAUAGCUGUUCAAGAGGUUUACACAGCAGAACAGAUUCAUUUGGACUCUCAGACAAAGGUGGACUUCUUCAAAGAACCCAGUGAAAUGAGUGUACAGAAGACUUCAGUCAGGUCCUUAGAAGAUGCUCAGCCUCACCCAACUGACACACCUGCUCCUGCACAGAGUUUUGAUGUAAAUGCAGAAAAUGUCUCCCAAAUCUCCAAGGAAGAAGAAAUGCUUGUAGAGGAGAGCAAUACUUCCCUGAAGAGCACUUCUCAUGGGUCAAGCCAUUCUCUGAAAUCUGAAGACCAAGCAAAUGAUACACAAUCAAAUGUUUCCAAAGUCAGCAGCAGACACAUUGAGCCAAAAGAACCAAUUCUUGAAAGAAUAGAUAGUAAACUGAAAAAAGAAGUGUUUGUAACUAAUAGGCUGUCUGAAGGACCAAAGCCUGAAAAACCCUUUAAGCCUAAAUCUGAAACUAGGUGGGGUCCACGACCAGGUUAUGGGAGAAGAGAGGAAGGUAGUGAUAGGCCAGUGAGAAGGUCUGGUCCUAUUAAAAAGCCUAUCCUUCGAGAUAUGAAAGAAGAGCGUGAGCAAAGAGAAGAGCGUGAACAAAAGAAGGAAAGAGAAGGAGAAAAACUGACAAAUGAGAGAGCUAGCAAGAUUGAGAAAAAGGAACCGUCUCAGGUUCCACCUCCCAGGCUAGAACCAGAGAAGACAACCACUGGUGGUAAAAAGGCAUUGCAAAGCACACCACAAGCUUCAGACUGUGCAGAUGCUCCUGUGCAGUCCCCAGUUACACCUGCUGUGCAGCAGCCUCUCAUUGUCCAGCAGCCUGCAAUUGUACCACCAGUGUCUCAGCAGCCACCUGCAGUACAGACAUCUCCACCCAUAGCUCCACAGCUGCCUAGUCCACAAAUUACUGUUGAGCUUCCAUCCCUUACUAUCCAGCAGCUACCAGUUCAGCAGCCUGUCAGCACAACAAAGGAAGAAAAGCAGCCAGAGAAAGUAAUCAACAAAGAACGAACUGUAGAGAGACCUCGUAUGGAAACUAGACCUGUGAAAAGAGAACCUGGUUUGCCUCCCAGAACAUACUGGAAAGAAGCUAGGGAUAGGGACUGGUUUCCAGACCAAGGAUACAGAGGCAGAGGACGUGGAGAAUAUUAUUCUAGAGGACGAAGCUACAGAGGUUCUUAUGGAGGCAGGGGUCGAGGUGGGAGAGGCCACAAUAGAGACUAUCCACAUUACAGAGACACUAAGCCUCGUGUGGAGCACGUGCCUUCUGGUCCUCUUAGGCAGAGAGAAGAGAGUGAAACCCGUAGUGAGAGCUCUGAUUUUGAAGUAGUUCCAAAACGGCGAAGACAGAGAGGCUCAGAAACUGACUCUGACAGUGAAGUGCAUGAAAGUGCAAGUGACACCCUUCUUUCAGACAAGGACAGCUUAAGCAAAGGCAGACACCCAAAGAGAGAAGAAAAGACAGAUGUCAAAAAGCCUGCAAAAGCCAUAUUGUCUUAUAAACCUGAACAUAAUAUCCGAGGGGACAAUAGGGUUUUAGACAAAACUUACGGGAGGGAAGAUGAGAAUAAACCCAAACCAGGAUUUCUUCCUAAAGGAGAACCUUCUAGACGUGGCAGGGGGGGCAUGUUCAGACGUGGGGGUAGAGAUCCAGUUGGCCGUCCACCUCGGCCGUCUACUCUUAGGAAACCAGGAUACAGAGAGAAUCAGUGGAACCCGAGGCAGAUGGAACCCCCCAAACUUGAAGAUGGGGAGCCCCCACAAAGGCAUGACCAUUAUGGUUCUAUAUCACUGGAUAAAAGGCCACCUGCGAAGUUUGAGAGAAAAUUUGAUCCUACUCGGGAAAGGCCUCGUAGGCAAAGACCUGCACGACCUCCCAGGCAAGAUAAGCCACCACGCUUUAGGCGUCUAAAAGAGAGAGAGGCAGCAUCAAAAAUAAGUGAAGCCACAACCAGCUCAUCAUCAAGUGCUGCAAUGAGUAGCGCAGUUAAUGAACAGCCAAGCACUACUUUGGAGGUGUCAGGAAGUAAGACACCAGACUUGUCCAAUCAGAACUCCUCAGACCAAGCAAAUGAAGAGUGGGAAACUGCUUCAGAAAGUAGUGAUUUCAAUGAGAGGCGUGAGAGGGAUGAAAAAAAAAUAGCAGAUGUUACAGCACAGGUAGCUGUUAAGACUGGGGAAAGCAUGCUAGCCCCAAAAAGGGAAAUAGCCAAGAGAAGUUUUUCCAGUCAGCGGCCUGGGAUUGAUCGGCAAAAUCGUCGUGGAAAUUGUGGACCACCCAAAUCUGGACGGAACUUCUCAGGGCCAAGAAAUGAAAGGAGAAGUGGCCCUCCAACAAGAACUGGGAAAAGGGGGUAAGUAUGUUUGCCACUGGAAGAUUGAUGCAGAAAUUUCAUUCAAUUACUGAGUUCACUGGAAACUUAAAAAUAGAUUCACUUAACCAAAUUGGUUUAAAGAGCUAUGACCAUUCAAUGGGUUUGAGUUAACUAGCUUUGAUAAGUGGUAUCUAAUGGUUGCAAAAUAAAUGGAAAAUUGAGGUGAUAAUUAUGGAUAGAGACAGAAAGCUGUGAAGAACAAACCACCACCCACAAUGAUGCUUGCCCCAAAUUAUUCUUGUCUCCGGCACCUGUAACCCCAACUGCUUUUUACCUUUUUAAAGUUUAUUUCCUCAUAUACAAGUUGUGGAAUUGAGUCACUUACUCUUUUGUGUUAAAGUCUGGUGGUGAAGUAUAAUUUUCUGCACCAGUUCCAGGAGUUUUCCCAAACACCUUACUAAAACAGAAUCUCUUUAGCUAACCAAAUUGAACCUUGAUCAGUCCUUGUAGCUCAGUGUACGCAGAGGAAAAACAAAUUUGUGGGUCAUAUCCAAUUAAAUUAUACUCGGAUUAGACCCACUGAAAUUAAUAGUUCUAAACCAUUCAUAGUCAAAUUAUUCAGAGUAGGACUAGCAUUGCCUACAACUCUGAAACAGCAACUCCUCCAGUAGGAGUUUCAAGCAUCUACAAAUUUGCCUUUAGAAGUUGUUGGGAGAAGUGUUUCAUCAGAUACAUUUUCCUAUACCGUAUCUGAAUCAAAACAUCUAGAGAUCCCUUUCCUGCCAUUAAAAUAGGCUAUACUCAAAACAAAUGUAUAAGUCUGUAGGGACAAAGAUACCUGUCUUAUGUAGAGUCAGACUGUUGGCCCAUCUAACCUAAACAGACAGACAGCUGCUCCAAGGCUUUUAGGCAGGACUCUUUCACAGCUGUAUCUACUAGGACAUGUCAGGGCAUGCAAGUCAUGUAUUCUACCACCAGGUUUGUGCCCCCCCUCCGGUAAAAUCCCCACUUUUGGUAUUUUCAGGGAAAUAUCAAUAGCACUCCUGUAGUUAAGUUCUACCUCUAAAUUAUUGUUGAACAAUUUCACCCACUUAAGUUUUGAACUAAACCAAAUGCAACUCCCAUUAGUUUUUCUUCUACAACUUGGUUAUAGGCUCUUUGCCAUCUUUCUAUUUCCUUUGUCAUUUCUCAGUAUCUUUUCUGAAUUCAUUGUGAUGCACAGAAUGGAGCGUGUUAGCUUCAACUAAAGUCUUAUUAAAGUUCUAUGUAGCUCUGUCUCUCCCUUCUCCUCCACCUUUUGCUGUACAAUGCUAUCUCAUUUUGUGUUUAUGAUACAGACCAUUUGAAGAACAAGCUGCAGUUGUGAUUAGUGCUGAAACAGUUGGGAGCAGUUUACAUCCAGAAGAAAGUGGGAACAGCGCUGCUGCGCUGAAAGGUUCCAAAGAUCCCAACAUCAAGAAGCGAGAAGAGCCUAAAGCUGGUCCAAAGAAACCGAAAGAGAAAGUGGAUGCAAUUUCUCAAUUUGACCUUAACAACUAUGCAAGUAUGUCCUGGAAGCUCCUCUUCAGAAUCUUAAAUGUAUUACAGGCACACACACACACACAUUUACGUGGGGGUUAUGUUCCGAGGCACUGCACACAUCAGUGAAAUUGUGUAUAUUUGAAACACCAUUGGAAAAAGCCUGCAAACCCCCCAUUCCACCAUGCCCUACUCUGCCUCUUGUGUGACUUUUUGGAUGACUUCCAGGUUCGGCAUGUGCACACAUACUGAACGUGCAUAAAUGGGUCUGCAGUAUAAUAGUAUUUUAUUUUGGGUUUUUUCUGCCAUUUGAACCAACCCCACAGAUGAUGGCUUCAUUUAUUUGAAUUGGGGUUAAUUAUAACUAAAUUUCGGACCUUCAUUACAGGUGUUGUGAUUAUUGAUGACCAUCCUGAAGUGACAGUAGUUGAAGAUUCCCAGUCCAAUUUGAACAAUGAUGGUUUUACUGAAGUGGUAUCAAAAAAGCAACAAAAACGCCUGCAAGAUGAGGAACGCAGGAAGAAGGAAGAGCAAACAGUGCAGGUUUAGUAUCAUCUCUCUCUGUCCCAGGCAUCUUUUUUGUACACGUUAUUUAAUACGUGCAUAUGCAGUGCAUUCCUGCCCUCCAUUGUGAGCUCACACUUGCAUGAAUAACUCAGUAGCAAGAUUUCUCUAAAAGCAUUGUUCACUUGAGCUGGUUACUUUCUGAAAUAGUCUUACUCCAUGGUGUCAGCCUGUCAGGUUACCCACAAGCUCCAGUUCUCACAGAAGGAUGCUGAGUUGCUCAGUUUUGUAUGAUGCAGUUAUUUUUUUAAAAAUGUAGUGAAUUUCUUACUUAUUUGACAGGAACCCUGAUUUAUUUAUUUAUUUGCUGGCUUGCUGGCCCUUUGGUGGAGACUGAAACAGAAUAAAUAAACUUUCUUCAAAAAUGUCAAAACCUGUGGUGGAAUUUGUAAACCUAACCUUUCAUGGCAACACAUUUCAGUCUCUAUUCUUACUUACCCAUAUUCAUUGGUCUUAUUUGGGAAGUCGCUUAAAUUCCAGUUAGCUCUAACAGUGCUUUCUGAUAGUCAUUGAAGGUCUGGCGUUUCAGCUCUGAGCAACACAUGCUGCUUGCAGUUCAUGGCAGAUUUCUCAAUACAUGGCAGAUUUCUCUAAGAUCAAAUCCUUUGCUUGAGCAGCUGAGUGUUCUCUGGACUGAGGGCUUCUCCACACUUCCUCUUAUCCUGCUGCUUUCCCAUGUAGAAAACCUCAAACAGUCCUUUGGCACUAAAUUGGAGCACACAACAAUUUGGCCUUUCUCUGAUUUAGCACUAAAAACUGGGUUUUCCCUGGGAAAGGAACAGGGCAAAAAGAUAUUUCUAAAUAUAUUUGGCAAGGGGAAAAACUGAACAUAAAAUAUAAAAUAUUGAUAGAUUCAAAAGAGAGAGGAGGUUGUUCCCUGCCGGAUAUGAGACUAUACUGUGAAGCAUCUUACCUUUGUUGGUUGAAGGAAUGGAUGACAUUAGAGAAUUCAUGUAUUCUAGACUUAGAAGGUCAUGGUAGUAUUUUUGUUGGCACGCUUAUUUAUGAUAUGAAAAGUGAAAGUACAUAAAGGAUUUACAAAUCAUAUAAGUAGCAAAAAUAUGUGUAGAGUAUGGGAUAAAUGCAAAAAUCUAUUAGAGGUUAAAACACCACUUUGCCUCUCACCGUUGGAAGCUAUAGCGGUAAAGAAAAAAUAUGAUAGAAGGGUGGACAACUUAUAGAAAUUUAUUAAAAUGAGGGAGGAGAUUAUCAAUUAAAAGAAUUUAAGAAAUUAUCAUAACAGCAUGGAUACAAUAUCAUUAUUUGAAUGAUGUAUUUAAGAAAGAUAGGAUACGAGGGUUUGGGGGACAAAUAUUACAACUGGAGAGUGACCUGAUGGAAUGUAAUGUAAAAGUCCUGGCUAAAAUGUAUAAGAUAUUAUUGGAAUGGGGUGAGCAAGUAAAAUCCUUAAUGAUAAAUUGGGGAAUAGAUAUUGGUCACAACAUAUAUAUGGAGCAAGGGAACAAUUGUGGAAUAUGGAUAUAAAAUUUACAGCAUGUUAUGUCUAAGAGAAAAUUGUAUGAAAAUGAUAUAUUGAUGGUACCUAACACCGAGUAAACUGGCAAAAAUGUAUAAAUCUCAAUCAAGUAAGUGCUGAAAAUGUAAAGCGAAAGAAGGUUCUUUUUAUCAUAUGUGGUGGUUUUGUAGUAAGGUUAAAGCUUACUGGGAAAUGAUAUAUAAUGAAUUGAAAAAGAUGUUUUAAAUUGGGGGUCGGCAACCAUGGGCUGGAAGUGGCCCACGGAGGCUGUUUAACUGGCUCAUGAGCUGCCUCCCAAACCGAACCGAGCCGCCCGCUCAGCGAGUCCCCACGCAUUGCACUAAACCGGCACAGCACAGCAUGGGGACUCUCUUCCGUGGCUCCGAAAUUCGCUUCUGCGCAUGCCGAGACGCUGGAAAUUGCUUCUGCGCAUGUCUGCAGCGCUGGAAAUCGCUUCUGCGCAGGUGCGAUUUUUGGCAUCUGGGCAUGCACAGAAGGGAUUUCCGGCGUCGCAUUGCGCCGAUAAGCCUUGCUGACCCCUGUUUUAAAUAAUGUUUGUAAAAAAACCAGAAGCUUUCUUUUUGGGAAUUAUAGGGACAGAACUACCCAAACUAUAUUGAAAUUUAUUCAUGUAUGCAACUACAGCGGCAAGAAUGUUACUUGCCCAAAAAUGGAAAGAAGUCCCAGCAAAAGAAGUACGGAUACAAAAACUUACCGGAAAAACAUGAAAAUGGAAAUAGUUUGUUGAAUAUUUACAAACAAACUGUAAACAGAUAAGAACAUUGGCAGAAUUAUUGUAAUAACCUGCAGUUUUAUAAGAGUAUAUAUUUAAGGGAGAUGAAUAAAUGAACAAAUUAAGUUAAUUUAGAUAUGCAGAAAAUAUAAAAAAUAAAUUUAAAGAACUGCAGAAGGAGGAAGAAGGAAGUCAAGUUUUGAUAUGUUAAAAUGGCUGUAAAAUUAUUGAAAUGUACAAAAUUGAAAAUCAGAAAUUAUAUAGAGAGAGAGAGAGAGAGAGAGAGAGAGAGAGAGAGGAAAGGAACAGGACAAGGGGAAAACCACUCAGACCUGUGCUUUCUAAGCAAGGGAUGAGUGGAAGUGUGGACGAACCCUGACUGACCACCAGAGUGCUUCAGGAGUUCACAAUCAGGAUAUUAUGAGAAUUGAGCCCAUUGCUAUAUUGGCACUGAAAAUAAGGAAUCAGUUUUGCAACUAGUAGUAGCUAAUUGAUGUAAUGUCAUCCAUGAGUUCAUCCAAUCUUUAAUUUAGAGUGCCUUAACGCUAGUGGAUAUCAUAUCAGUGGCAAUAAGUUCCAUAGGUUAAAUUGUAUAUUGUUUGCAAAAAGUACUUCACCUUGAAUGUGCUUCUUGUCAAUUUUAGUGGAUGGCCAUUUUAUAUUGAGUGUAAAUCAGUGUUCCUGCUUACUUUCUCCAUAUGUCUUGUGAUUUAAUAAACCUUUCAUAAAACCUUCAUUUUCCCUGUUGUAGCUUAAAAAAGCCCAACUGAUGUAUAUGGGAAAACAAAAUAUCUUAACAGUUCUUUGGAGCAGAGUUUCCAUUUCAGUUGUUCUGGGCAGGUAAACAGCAGGCUCUCUUAACAAUCUUACAUAUUUUUAGGUCUGGACCAAAAAGAAUUCAAAUGAAAAAGGAAGGUGUCCAAAUUCCAAACUACCACCCAGGUUUGCCAAAAAGCAACAGCAGGCGACAGCAGCAGCCGCAGCUGCCACUCAACAGGUUCAGGUUCAGGCUCAACCGCAACUCCCCCUUCAGUGUGUGUCUCAGAUUCCAAGUCCACAGACUUCAGUCCAGCUGCAACCACAGGCAACCUGUGCAGCAAGCAGCAGCACUGAGUAUACAGCAACAAGCAAAACUCUUCAGAACACACCAUCUCAUAAUGCUGUGGGAACCGAAUUAUGGGAUAAUAAAGUGCCACCUACAACAGUCCUCAAUGACAUCUCAAAAAAAUGUAAGCAAGCCAUUUUUUCCUCCUGGUAAGACAUGCAAGAAAAAAAAUGUGUGCUUGAAAUCUUGGGUAACAGACAACCUUUCCUGGGCACCUCAGUUACUCUUGGAUUGAUGCUUUGGAUCCUCCACGUAGAUAAGCUGUCCUGUGAAGUGAUUAAUAAUGAUGGAGAGCUCCAAGGCUUGUCCACAUAUACCCGUUCUCAGUUCCUCCUUUCUCUGACCUCACUGUUCUUAUGUAUGGGUAGGACUACCCAAUGUUUGCGAAAACAUUUACUGCCUGCCAUUUGCCUUUUAUGUGAACACUUUUUAAAAGGGAAUUGUUGAGAAUUAUUUACUGCUUUGACAUAUCUUUGUUCAUUUGCAUUGCAGGGGGUUGGACUAGAUUACCCUCAGAGUCCUUUGCAACUCCACAAUUCUAUGAGCUUUUUUUUUACCUAGGCUAAUGCCAGUAGAUAUUUUUAGGCAUUUCAGCUUUAACCAAAAAUGAAAAACUUAUUUGAUCUCCCCAAAAAUGCCAUCCCCCUGAACUUUUGAUUUAUUUUCAUUGGCCUCUACUACUUGAGUGGAGGAUGUAGAUAAUAUAGAAAUCAAUCUGGAAGCAAUAGAAUUGCUGAACUCCUAGCAUACACUUUACUAAUGUGUUCUUUGUGAGCAGAUAACUGGGAUACUUUGUCCUGAAUGUUCUCUUACCGUUUCAUGCAACAUGCUAAAAUAUUUUGAAUUCUUAGCAAGCAGCAUGCUGCCUUGCACUCAUUUUAUGUAGGGGGCGGAAUCAUAGUUAGUUUGCAAUCAGCACUUAUACUAUCAAAUUUUGUUCUAAUUCCACCUUGUUCUCUGGACUUUUAGUGGGACCCAUUAGUCCUCCCCAGCCUCCUUCAGUCAGUGCAUGGAACAAGCCUUUGACAUCAUUUGGAUCAGCUCCAUCUCCAGAGGUAAUGAACAGACAUGUUCUCAUCUAUUGUUAGCUGUGUUCUAAUUUGUCAGUGGCUAGAAGUGAAAAGGAGCAAAACGUAUUAUCCAUUUUGUCAAAUAGGUAACUAGUUUUCACAGGUAAAAAUUACUCGUUAGUAGGUAGGUAGCUUACAGGUGUUACAUCUUCAAACCAAUAUCUGAUAGCUUAAAUAAAACCUGAUUGAUAUGAAAUAUAAUCUUUAAUGGUUAUAAUAUAAAUUUGCUGAUAACAUUAGAGCUAUGGUGAAUUACUUAAUUGAAUGUUGUAGAACAAAAGUGUGCCUGUGUUAAACUAAACUUUCUGGGAUCCUUACUAGGGAACAACAGUUGGGCAAGAAAGUGGAAUUGAUUUGGGAAUAGAAACUAUUCAGUUUGGUGCUCCAGCAUCUAGUGGGAGUGACAGUGAAGUUGGCCCAGUUUCAGAGAAGACCUCAGAGAAGCUUCUUGAACCAAAGGAGCAAAGGCAAAAGCAGCCCCGGGCAGGACCUAUAAAAGCACAGAAGGUAAGUGAAACUCUCCAACUUUCAUGAACUACAGAAGCAUUUGCAUUUUUGUGCCCAUGUGUUCCAGCAAGAGGAAAUCUAAUCAAACUUCUAUGCUUAUGUAUCCUGGUUAACAUAUUUCUGAUUAUUUGGAGUGGGGGGAGAAUUGAAUAUUUAUGUGGGGUGCUCACAAAAUCAACUGCCACAUGUUAAAAACUGCUGUGAUUGCUUGUUGAUAUAACUGAAACAAAUUAACUCACUCCAAAGUCUAUACAUUUAUCUAGGAAAAUCAAAAAUACAACUUAAGACACUGGAGCAUCAAGAAUACCUAAAUAAGGAAAUAAUAGAAGAAGAAAAACAGACAAUAAUUAAAAAUUUAUAAGGCACCAGAAAUUGCGGCAUUUCCAGGAUAAUAAAAAUUGAAACAUACUUUCUUACAUUGUUUAUUGGGAUAAUGAAUUGCAAUCCAGUACUUCACUCCUGGAAAAAAUGAAUUAUAACAAUUCCCAAAACUAGCAAAAACGUAGGAUAUGUGGAUUCCUGUAGAUCCCAGUGCAAAUCUGACCUAACAGAGGUACAGAUACAUAGCUCCACCUACCAUGUGGCAGUGGUGGUGGCAUAUCAUCACUGAAUGCCCAGCGGAGCUUUAUAGAAUAGUAAAUUGACUGGUCCAGACCGGUAUUGUUUCAUUAACCAUUCAAUAGCUUACUGUAAGAGAUUUGUGAAUCCCUUUUUUGGCGAAAUCACUCGGAUCUAUGUCAGACUUUAUGCCAGAGCACCAUCAUGUUACAGCCUGUGGGAUAAGUUUCUGUUGUUGUAGCCUGAGGACAUGGACAGGACACAGUAGUGAGGUUGACUGUGUGCCCUCUUGAUCUCUGCCCAUGACUGGUAAAAUCUAGUAGCAGGGAUUGACUAGACUGGGGGAGUGGUCAAAGCCUUCCUACAAAGGGAAUUAUGUGAAGCAUCUUGAAAGAGGCAGUGGUGCAUCCCUUUUUAAACUUCCUGGAUCCAGAGGUUUUAGAAACUACCACCCAGUCUCUUAAUAUUCCAUUCAUGGCAAGGUGACUUAAGAGAGUCACCUUGCCAUGCUGACCAGCCAGCUGCAGUUUGACUAGAGGAAGCAGUUAUAUAGAUCUAAUUGUGUCUGGUUUCAGGCCCAGCUGUAGUUGUAACUAAAGUUUAUACUUUAGUUUUAACUGUAUUUUCUCAUGUUUGUGUUUGCCGCCCAUUGCUGCCUUGGAGGAAGCAAUGCUAUUUAUCUAGAAAAAGAGGUGCCGGAGCUCACCAUGAACACUUCCCCCGUUCUCUUUUAAUGGUAAUGGUGCCCACCUGAGAUGUGCUAGAACUGUGUUCUGGCAAGUUCUGGCUGAAAAAAAGCCGAGGGAGGAAAGAUGGAAUAUAGGUUAUAUAAUAACAAACAUAAUAAACGAAGAGGCGGUAAUCUUUUUAAUACAUUGCAUAGCUUUCAGAUUUGAGUCCAGUAGAAAACAAAGAGUACAAGCCUGGUCCCAUUGGGAAAGAACGGUCAUUAAAGAACAAGAAAGUAAAAGAGGCUCAGCAAGGGGACCCUGAGGGGCAAGAAAAGUCAAGCCCUACUGCAGUCAGAAGUCCAGACCCUGUUACUUCUAAAGAAGGCAAAGCAGCUGCUGAACUUGGUACUGAAAUAGGAACAAUGAUAUCCGUGACUGCUUCAGAGUUUGGAGCAACCCAAAAGGUAAGAAUCAAAUGGAAUGUCCACUUAAGUUAACUAAUCAGUGCUGAUUGGUUGAAUUUAGAUAUACCUGAGUGGAAUAUUUAUAAAUACGAUAAAUAUUCAUAUAUAGUGGAUAUUCAUAAAUAUGGAGAAGCUGGCUUCAGUAGAACUCUUUCUGUGGCCUUCAUCCUAGAAGUUUGCAGUACCCAUUUUUUAAAAAUGGCAAUGAGUAAGUGAAGGCAUCCAAGCAUUAAGUUCUUGCUCAGAUAUUGCGUCAUGCAGGUUUUAUGGAGAUUUGCUUUAGUAGAAAAGUAACAACAGCUACAAGUCUCUGAAAUAAGCUGAAACAGCUUAAAGCUUUGUUUCCUCAUACUUCUCCUAGUUCCAGAAUGAAGUCAUAGGGUGGAAACAUCAGCAUAAGACAAAGAACAGGGUUGUGUUCUCAGCAUUGCUUUCGCUCAGUUUCCUUUGUUUUUUAUUUGAAGACUUUUCAAGAACUGUCCAAAAUGUAUGGUUUCAUAGGCUCAUGGAUUCUGGUACACACAAAAAUGAAGCCAAACCAUGGCUAAGCAUGAAUGAUUGAACAUGUGGGUACUUGGAGAGAAAAAUGUGGCUGCGUUGCCCCUCCCAUAGUCAUGUUGCUGCCAUGCUCCCCAAAGCUAAGCCACUGUUUCACCUAGCAUUGCAUCCAAACCUAAUGACAGGGCCAAAGUUUCCCCAUCUCUGCUCCAUAUGGGAGAAGUCCUCUUACUUUCUUCUCAGUUGAUGCAUGUGGAAAUAUUCUUUCAGGCAAUGUCUUGCCUUACAAUAAUCAAGUAUUUGAGCAUCAGUUAGUCAUGUAGUUAACGUUUCCUAAACCUAUUCAACUGAUCAAGGAAAACAGCCUGGAACGUCAAAGCAUGUUCCAUGUCAUGUUGUUUUAAAUAUUUUAGUAUUUUCCCAAAUAGUCUUGUUCAGACUUCAGAAGAAGAAGAAGAAAAAUUGGCUUUUAACAGUCACCUCUAUCCACCCUUGGAAAGUCAAUACACAUUUGUAUGUUUAAACUAAAGUAUUAAAGGAGGCCAUUUUAGAUCCUAUGGCUUCAGACAAUUAUUGUCCACUUUCACAUUGGCUAUUUUGGGUCAUGGUGUUGGAGUGGGAUGUGGUAUAUCAACUCCAGGUAGCUAAGGAAGAUACUGAUUAUUUGGAUCCAUCCCAGUUACUAUUAUUUGUUUGUUUAUUAAAUUUGUAUACCACCAUUCAUGUGAAGAUCCAAGUUCAGCUUCAGCCUGGAUUUGGGACAGAAACAACCUUGAUUGGCCUAGUGAAUAGCUUAUGCCAAACAAUGUUCUGGAUCUCUCAAAUUUUAUGGUCUGUUUUAGUGCUCAGCGAUUUUUCAAUAUAUUGGCCAAAAUCUCUUUUGAAAUCGCACCGCAAUCACAAUUUUGACCUGGCAAUACACAGCAAUAUAUUGCUCCUCAUACGAGGGAGAACAGGACAGCCGAUUUCAAGGGACCGCCAAUAUCACAUGAUGAUCUCACCCUACCUGCGCAAUCUCCAUGGCUGCUCCUUCCCUCAUCCCCACGCCUGAUCUCCAAUUUCAGACAUUGUGAUAUAUCAGAAUAUCGUGAUGUUUAGCUGCUGAUAUAUCACGAUGUUAAAAACCAGGUAUCACUCAGCCCUAGUCUGUUUUUUAGUAUCCCUAAAAUCCUUUGCUUAUUAGGGACUACCCCACAUUUUGUUCAGAACCUUGCUUUGCAGAGGUAACUACCAUAGAGUUAUCAAAAUUUUCAAAAGUAGGGGGUUCGUGACUUGGCUUUUGAAAAAUAGGGGACACUCAGUAAUUCGUAAUUAAACAUUUCCAGUUCCUCCUUGAGGAGCAUUUUCAGAAGGUGGUUGAGGAGGACUUCCAGUUCUCCCCAUGGUGCUUUGUGGGGUGCCUCAAGGGUCUGUCUUGUCCCCCAUGCUUUUUACCAUCUGCAUAAAACUGCUGGGGGACAUCAGCUGGAUGUUUUGGCAGCAAUGUCUAGCUUGCAGAUGACACUCAAAUCUACCCCUCCUUUUUGUCCUCUGAUUUCAGGGGGGCUGUAGAGUUCCUAAACUGGUAUCUAGAUGCUUUCUUUGGACUGAUGGGGGGUAAACAAGCUGAAAUUAAAUUCAGAUAAGAUUGAAAUCUGUAGGUAGGGAGAUCACAUGCUCCUUACAACUGAUCUUAGAUGGAGUUGCCCUCCCACUAAAGAACCAGGUACACACUUUCUGAGUUCUUGUGUACUAUACACUAACAGGCAGAGCACGGGUGAUGGUGGCCAGGAGCUAAUUUUAUCAGCUUCAGCUGGUGUACCUAUUAGAGAAGUCAAAUGUGGCCACAGUUAUUAAUGCUCUAGUCACAUCCAGGCUGGACUCCUUGUGGGGUUGCCUUUAAAGACAGUUUUAAAUUUUCAACUGGUUUAGCAUGCAACUGUCAGUGUCUUGAUGGGAGCUAGGUGGUCAGACCAUGUGAAGCUUUGAAACUGCACUUGGUUGCUAGUGUGUUUCUGAGCCUAAUUUAAAGUGCUGGUGGUGACAUUUAAAAGAACCAUUGGCCCUCCAGCUGUUGCUGGUCCACAAUUUGCAUCAUUGCUGGCCAUUUGCCAUCCAUGCAGGGGCUGAUGAGAGUUAUAUAUAUAUUUUUUUAAAUGAUAUUUAUUGAAAAUUUUUAAAAUUACAAAAAAAGACAAAGCAGAAAAAGAAAAAACGGAAAAGAGGAAGGAAAAAACAAACAAACCACAUCCAACAAUACAAAUUCAAAAAACAAAAAUACACCACAAACAGAUAAAAAUAAAACCAACAUUCUCAAAUCUUCAACUUUCAUUACCUUCUUUCUUUGACCUCCUCCUCCUCCCUUUUUUUGUAUCCCAGUUAAUAAUUAUCACAGCAAAUCCUUUCCAUAUUUCAUAAUAUUCUGUCAUUACAUUACCUUAAUCUAUUUUCAUCUUAUCUUAUAAAAACCCUUAAAACUUAAAACUUAUUUUUACCCACUUCUCAUAACCAUAAUAUUCUUGACUAAUUCUGUAAAAAUUUUUGCUAGAGCCAAGUAGUUUCUGUUCCAACAUUUUUCUAACAGUCAUCAAUUUUAGAAAACAAUCCUAGUGAUAAAAAAAGAAAUAGAAACAAUCCAAUCUUCAUCCAGCGUCCCUUCCUCCUGGUCCCGGGUUUUGUCAGUCCUUUUAUCCCAUCGAUCUAGCGCAUUAACCUGGUAACCUUAUAUCCGAGGCCCUUAAGUCCCUUCCAUGUCCCUUCCGCAGCUCUUCUUCAUAUUCACCUUUCACUCGUGGGAACUCCAACUUGGUAAUGUUUUUGACCCUUUUCAACAAAUCAGCCCCUUUUCCAUAGUCCAGACUAAACUCCAUGUAGUAUUUAAAAACAUGUUUCAGAAUCCCUCCAAAAUUGAGAGCCCCCACAGCUCCAAACAUCUCACGGCCCAUUGCCAGACUCGGAAAGUCCAAACAUCCCUGCAUAGGGGGGUCUAUCCAACCCCCCAUUUCCAAAUCAGUCCAAACUUUAUCUUUCCUAAUCUGGCUUUUUCCAAGUUCAUUUGUCAAAUCCAAAAGCUCAUGUUCCUGCUGGGCCGCAGCUCCCUUCAUCUCUGGGGCCCAAGAUUCCACAACAUCCUCUUCUCUCAUCUGUUCUGUCAGGGCACACUCCUGAUUUAAUUCCUGGGUGGGCUCCAUAUAGUUUCCCACUACCUGUUCAAAAAUUCUGGCCGCAUUAGUCAUCAAAUCCGUCUUCUCAGUUAACUGUUCCAGUAGAGUAUUUAUUUUACAGAGAGCACACAACAGAGCUUCUGAAUACAGUGGUGCCUCGCAAGACGAAAUUAAUCCGUUCCGCGAGAGUCUUCGUCUAGCGGUUUUUUCGUCUUGCGAGCCAGUGUGGUGUAGUGGUUAAGAGCGGUAGUCUCCUAAUCUGGGGAACCGGGUUCACGUCUCCGCUCCUCCACAUGCAGCUGCUGGGUGACCUUGGGCCAGUCACACUUCUUUGAAGUCUCUCAGCCCCACUCACCUCACAGAGUGUUUGUUGUGGGGGAGGAAGGGAAAGGAGAAUGUUAGCUGCUUUGAGACUCCUUAAAGGGAGUGAAAGGCGGGAUAUCAAAUCCAAACUCUUCUUCUUCUUCUUCUUGCGAAGCAACCCUAUUAGCGGCUUAACGGAUUAGCGCUAUUAGCGGUUUAGUGGCUAUUAAAGGCUUAAAGGCUUAGCGGAUUAGCUGCUAAAAGGCUAUUAAAGGCUAUUAAAGGCUUAGCAGAUUAGAUAAAGGGGGCGAAAAGCGGAAAAAAAUCUCAAGACUUGCAAGACAUUUUCGUCUUGCGAAGCAAGCCCAUAGGGAAAUUCGUCCUGCGAAGCAACUCAAAAACGGAAAACCCUUUCGUCUAGCGGGUUUUCCGUCUUGCGAGGCAUUCGUCUUGCGGGGCACCACUGUACAUUGUUCUACAAGGUCACAAGCUUUUUCCCACGAUUGUAAUCUGUGACAGCUGCAAGCUCCCUGGAAUUAGUUACAGUUUCCCAGUCUCCCUCUAGGGGGAAAACUUCUAAUUGUUCUUGCAACAAAGUUUCUUUUUUGAGAUAUUUUGUCAAUAUUUGUUCCUUUAAAAUGCGAAAGGAAACAGUGGAAUCACUAUGUUUCUCUUCUUUUAGCUAUCUGUCAAAAAACGUUUGUCUCUGGUCAAUGAGCUUCAAACGUCAGUCCUGACACCCCGCUCCAGGAUCAGGACGGUGGAAAGUUACUUCACUUUAAACUCACUUCUGCAAAUUUAAACAGUCCGAAAAGAUCCCCUUCUUCUCCUGCUGCCGAAGGGGGUUCGAGGAUUUUAAAUGAUGAAAGCCGAUCCUUUAGAAGCGAUUUUCUGAGCUCUAGUUUACGUUGUCUUUGCUUUGUUCUGUCUACAAAGAAACGGAAGGCUGACUUCCUGUUUAGACCUUCCUGUUUCAGUACCAAAUUGAAGUGAAUUUUUAAAUCCAAUUCCUUUCUGCUCGCAAGUCCUUAUUUAAAGUCCAAUUGUUCAAAGUUUAAGUACUCACGGGUGCUUAUUUUAGAAGCCAAAUUGUCCCAGGAAAAGGCAGCGCUCUCCGGCAACAGCUAUGCGGCUGCUCCAUGGAAGUAGCAGUUGACUCACAGCACCACGCCACUUUCCUCCUCGCUUCGGAGCCCGUUAGUGGGUUCCUUUGCGGGUUGGGGGGGCGCUAAGGGUGCCCGCCGAGUCCCAUGGUCACAGGCUUCAUCCGCCUGUGAUUUUUAAAAGGGUCCCCGCUUCGCCGUAGCGGAAAAGACCCAUUUCGCGCGGAGCUAGUCCCUCCAGUUCAGAGGGAGUCCGCCAUUGCCGAUGGCGCCACCCCGAAAGUUCGGGCUGAUGAGAGUUAUAGUUCAGCAACAGCUGGAGGGCCAAUGGUUGGAUUUGAGGUUUUUUGUGUGUUUUUUAAAGGCCUGCCCCCAUACCAGUCUGCCGAUACUUCCAGUGUUGGCAAUGGAGGCCAUCUUACCUGCCAACCUUCAAGAACAAUUAAAUUGGCAGGCGUUUUCUGUAGUACCUUCAUGGUUCUGGAUUUCAGUACCAGUAGGGCUUUGUCCAGCCAGAUCUCCUUAGGUCCUUAGGAAGGCAUUAAGAGCUUGCCUGGUUUUGACGGUCUUCACUUGAAUGUUGUUUUAAUCCGUUUGCUGUGCUGUCUUGCUGCUGAUGCUUUAGGUUAUAGCUAUGUUAGGGGGGCUGGAUAUGUGCUUUUUACUGCUGGUUUCAUUAAUGUUUGGUAUUCUGAAAGUAUUGCAUUGUUCUAUUAUUGUGGAAAUUACCUUAAGAGAGUUUGCUGUUUAAGGUGGCCUAUAACUUAUCUUAAGUAAAUAUAAGUGUAUUCAUGUACCUUUUUUGUGGAUCGUGAAGUUAUGUAAAGUUAUUUAUGAUGCUUUAUUGUGAUAUGACAGUUUAGUUAAUGAAGUUGUGAAUGGAGAACUUAUUUUAGCUUUUUCAUCUCUUUAAAGCUCUCUUUUUUACAGGGUAUUGUUAUUGUAUAGGUCAGCUUCUUCAACUUCUUUUCUUUACAGGAGUCUGUAACAGACUAUACAGCACCUUCUUCUCACUCCAGUACUGUGGCUACAAGCAGUGCAAAGAUGGAAGAGGCUUUAGUGACAAAUGUAAGCUUAUUGGUUACUUUAAGCAUAGCUUUAAACGUAACUUUUAUUUUUCAUGGCAUUUAAAACUAAAACUCUGCUAUACAGAUCUUCUGUAUUUUUUAUUGUGCGGUAACAAUGCAAAAAUAAUGUUAGAGACCUUGUAGAUAAAGGCUAGUGGAACAUGGGUGUUUCAUCUUAAUGGAAUUUUGAGAAGCUUUCAGGAAUUGUGGAAAAAAUAGUGGUUUGAGCAAUCAGUGCUAGCUAGGCUAUAGGGUUACAGUGGUACCCUGGGUUACAUACGCUUCAGGUUGCAGACUCCACCAACCCAGAAAUAGUACCUCGGGUUAAGAACUUUGCUUCAGGAUGAGAACAGAAAUCGUCCUCCGGUGGCGCGGCAGCAGUGGGAGGCCCCAUUAGCUAAAGUGAUGCUUCAGGUUAAGAACAGUUUCAGGUUAAGAACGGACUUCCGGAACGAAUUAAGUACUUAACCUGAGGUACCACUGUAUUAGCAUAUUGUGUGUGCAGUACCAUGUGGUAAGGAAAUGCAUACUGUUAUGGCAAUUGAGAUUUUCACAGAAUAGUUAAUUCUAGGUUCAUUAAGGCUCUCACUACACAUUCAGAAGGAUUACUUGGUGUCAUCUCUCUUGGGCUUGUCUGAUUUCAGAAUAUACAAAACAGGUGAGGUUUGCAUAAAAUCACCCUCCACACUAAAAAUAAACACACACCUCCCUUCCUGUAGAAAGCUGUGUGUUGAGAAGAAAUCUAGCCAACUCUUUUUUCCAAAGUGCUACCUUCCCAGCUGUAGGUGGGAGAGCAUUCAGUCAUGACAUCUCCAAUACGCCAGGAGGGAUUUACUUACAUAAUCCUUUCCAGUGCAUCAUCUACAUGCAGGUUCCGUUCUCCAAACACAAUGCAUUCCCAGGAAACAGUUUGUGAUCUGAGCGUUCGCAUAAUGAGCUGAUGAUUUCCAUUAUUUCCUAUGGAAACAUUUCUAAUCCAUGAUUUAUCCAUUCUUCCUCCAUGCUUUCUGCCUGAAACUGUUGCAGCCAGUCAGCAAAAGCCAAACAAAGGAAAAAUUAUUUCUUUGAUCUCUCCUGCUCCCUGAUUUGUCUGAUCUCCCUCCCUCCAUCACUUAAUGGUUUCUGCCUGAAACUGCUGCAGCCAAUCAGCAAAAGCCAAACAAAGGAAAAUUAUUUCUUUGAUCUCUCCUGCUCCCUGAUUUGUCUGAUCUCCCUCCAUGCUUUGUGCCUGAAAUGACUGCUGCUGUCCAGCAAAACACAACCAAGUAAGGAAAUGGGCAAACUUUGACUGUUUGGGUAUCUGAAUUAGCCAUCCAUGUACCAAGGUUUGGGCAUAAUUCUUUGUGUUCAGAUAACUGAGAUUUUGUAUAAUGAGCAUUCCAACAGCAGCACCUGCACAUACUUCAGUUUUACUAGAAUUUAUUUCUAUAUCAAAAUUGCCAAUCUGCUAUAUAACAUAAAGUGAACAUGUUGAAAAAUAUGACUCAUUACACAUGCAGGAAGAAUUUUGUUAAGGUAACUACAUCAAUAUUGCGCAAUCCUGAAGAUCAUAUUUGCAAUCGUAAUAUAGUAAUAGGGUUUACUCAAGUAAUUACUUUGUUGUCUUUCACACACACCCGUUCCCACCGUAGCCUUGACAUUGGCUUUUUGCUAGUAGGCAUAAAAGCAUGUAAGUGACCAAACAGACUUUUUGUGCAAGAAUAUCACUUGCAGAGUAAAUUCAUAUGCCAUGGAACCAGUUGGAGCAUCCAUUUAUGAUCACACACUUCUUCCUCUUCUCUACUCCCCCACCCCCAUGAUUAGUCUGCUCCUUCACCUUCUCUUUCACUGUUUGAGAUUACUGUAACAGCUGACAGCUAAAUUGGAUAAUUCAGGUUAGCAGUAACCAUAGUUUGUCUGCAAAGUGGAGAUUGGAGCCAUGCUUUGAAGUGGGUCUAAGUCCCUGGUUUGGAUUGAUGGCCUGCCCAAUUAAAACAUUGUGGGAAAUUAUUUUUCUCUCAAACUCUGAAAAGGAUGGAGAAGGCAUGCACAACUUGGAGGGGUGAAAGCAUGAGACCACGAAGUUGCUUCUCACUGCCAAAUCAUGGCUCUGUGAGAUAUCUCUCUUUAGCUACAAGAGAGAAGGCAAGUCUCUGUUCAUCUUAUAAGGGUUUGAAAAAGCAAAAGCAACACACACACACACAAAACUGAGAAGUGUGUGGGUGAUGACCUCUAAAUAACGUGGCAUACAAUGUGAACUGUAACCAUUCUGUUUGUGUGUUAGUCUCGUGUUUCUCGGCAAAGUGGUACGGGUCCUCUACAAAUGGUUCUUCUGACUAGUAUCUUAUUUCCUACGGCAAUAUGUGGACACCUAAAUAUUCUGUGAAUAACUCUGGAAACCAAUUGUGGAUGCCAAAUAAGAGCGAAGCAACCUAGAACUUUAAGAGCAGAAUAAUGGCAGUGGUUAUUGAAUUUAAAUGCUUUUAUCCAAUGUACCUUUAUUUUUAUUUGGUAAGUCUGCAAAGGCUUUGGUUUUGCGUUCUUUGAUUGAUGGUACACCUUGACAAAUGCUGUCUGGCAACAGAAAGUGUCCCCUUAUGGAAUCCUGGUGCUUAUUAUUUUGUUGCUUUGCGACUCCAUCUCUGGUGUAACCAUGUUGCUUGUGUUUGAAGGAGAGCAGGAUUUGAACGACUCUCCAAGAGAGUUUCCAGUUAGUGAAUUGUUUCCUAUUAAGUAUACUUUAUGGCGGUGUUUGUGGCUUUCUUUGUCAUCCCUUUUGUUCAUAAAGUUUUGAAAUGUUUGAGGUUGAUUAUUAUGUCCAUGAUGGAGUACUGUGUAAUUCUUGGGUGCUGAUGACUUUUGUGUACAGUAUUUUUGGAGUUCGAUUUACUCCUAGAUGUGUGGUUUGAAAAUUUCAUCUACCUUCAUUCUUUAAACUAGCUUAAUUCCAUUCUGUGGCAGUAUCUUGUAAGAAUGAUUGUAAGAGCACUGAUAAUGGCCAAGAGUAAGAGAGCAUCAAUGUCUUUGUUUUGUCUAUAUUGGAGUCUUCAGGAAAAUCUAUUGAUUGCACUUAGUUAAGUUCAAGUAAAAUUGUACUAUUCCUGCAGUAGUUUAGUUUUUGUGCACCUGUGACACUAUGAAAGGAGGAUAUUUCUCAACGUUUGAGGACCAUCAUUCUACUUCUUUAAUGAGUCCUGUGAGAAUCAGUGUAGGGGAAUUACAAUAACCUGAAUUUAAUUUUUGGAAUUAAAUCCAAAAGGAAAUGGUCAACAAGCCAUGACUGUGAACCAGAAAGUCUUUUCCCCCCUCCUGUCAGAUCUUUUUUUGUCCUUUUUAUGUUAAAGCUUCCCUGCUAAAUGCUUGCACCUGAAAGACAAUUUAGUUCAGCGGCAUUGCUUGAGCUCUUGCUUUUGUUGGGGCUUUUGUUAUAGACCUAGCUAGAAUGUGAUGUGUGUUGCCUGCCUUUCAGGUGCCCCUGCCCCACACCCUUCCCCUCCCUAGGAGGGAGGCUCUACAACAGAGCUCCAGCCUAACUCCAGUUUCUCCCGCUACCGUGGACCUCACCCUCAAGGUAUGUACCACAUCCCUCUAAGGGUCAUUUUCUUGCAUGCAGGGGAAAGACUUCAUCAAGAUCUUGCUGGCAAACUUCAGUGGAGAGACCAAAAAGUCAGUUUUUGCUUUUUAGACCACUAGAACAAUAGUUUCUAAGGGGGUUCAUUACAUUUCUUUGACCCCACUUUGUAACUAACAGCAAUUGGCUGACUCUUGCCACCCAAAUCCUAGGAUACACAUCAGAAUAUCAGAUAGGACUUAUUAGGAUGAUUGUGAUUUCCCCCUCCUAUAGAGAGUAUAUGGGAAAUGAGCUAUGUAUAGAUAGGUGGUUCCAGAUGCCUUUCUGUGAAAUAGCUUGUAUUGUUUUGAGCAAUUAUUGUUGAGGUUAGCAAUAUGCAAUGUAUAUUGGCUGGCUGAUGCAGCACACUUUGUGCAGGAGACUGGCAGUGUUAGAAUUUGCUGAUAGCUUAAUAUUUUCUAUUAAGUGGUAACUGGUGUGACCUUUUUAGUGACGGUGUGAGGUACGUGUGUGAAGGCAGCCAGGUAGUGUUCAUAGGUGACAGUGUUCAUUUGGACUAUAUUGUGCAUCUCAUGCUGCAAAGUGAGUCUCAGUAGCAUUAUUUACAGAUUGAUUCCAAUUCUUCUCAGUUCUGCAAAGUGGUAGAACAUGUGUUUGCAUAGCUCAGUUAAAUAGAGCUUUUGUGAGAGAGGUUCCAAAUAGGAACAUGCCUCCUAUGAUUACAGAUUUUAGAGGGUGGGGUUCUUGUCUUAUUGAUAUACAUCAUAUGUAUAUACUAGUAACUCUCUUAAUCAGCUGAGACUAGACUGAAUUUUUGAAGACCUGGCCCACAUUUCAAAAUACUUAGGAAAAUUGUCCAACAGACAUAGCACUGGGCUGAAAGCAGCUUGUAAAGUAAAUGUACACAACUUCAGCAGAGCUUACACUCAACAAUUAUUACAGUUGUUGCUUAGAUUGACAUGGCUGUGCUGCCUUUUUCCUCUCUGAUCUGUUUCAUGUUGACAUAUCAUUUAAACUUCACUAUUGUGCCUCUGUGGAUGUAUUCAGCUGAAAGCAUUUCUGUGAUAAAGUAAUGUACCUUUUUGUUCUGUUUAGUCUGAGGAACUAUUUGGGUAUUUGGUAUAAAGUUUGCAUGUAAUUUGUUGUUGUGAAUGUGGACAGGCAGGACGAUAGGAAGGUAGAUAAAGGCACAUGCCAUGUUCUUAUACAGCAGUUGUAUUAUGAACAGUAUCUAAUGUCUUGUUACGGAUUCUUAUCAUGCUAUUGUCUUCGUUAAAAUAGGUUUUACAUUUGAACCUUUUGUGUUCUGCAAUGAAGAUUUGAUAUUUCUGUGCAGUAUCUUGAAUAUUUUACACCUAGGGAUAUAAUUUUAUUUUAAACUUAAUGGGGGGGAGGCUUUAAAUGCCAUAAAAUACGCUUAAUAACCAAUACAUAGUUUUGUCUGGGUUAAUUUCCAGUAAGAUGAUAAUUUGCAGCAUGCGUUGUAGCUGAAAACAGUUGCAUUAGAAAAUAGGGUUGAUUUUAAACGGAUACAUAUAAUACAUAAUCUCAUGAUCAAAAGUGGUUAUCCAUAAAAAUUGUCUAGCAUAGACAACUACAAGUCCUGUGGCAUCUGAAGACUGACUUAUUGUUACUUUUCUGAAAGCCAUAGCAGGGAUAAGCAACGUUUUCCCCUGAGGACCACACACUAGUGGGCAAAAAUGUUUCCUACAGUUUGUGGGGGGCAAAACCAGCAUGCCUCUCAUGACACACAAUAAUCUUGGCUAUCAGUGUAACCUGGAUUGUUGCAAUUGCCAGCUUGCAGGGCGUGGUUACACAUACAAUGGGUUGUCUUCAAUAUUCUCCUAAUUGUCCUAUGCAGGUUUGAAGAGCAUGCUGUAUUUUGAAAUUGCACUCUGUCUGCAUUUCCUGCUGGUGUUAGAAGGGUUGUUGGGGCAAUGGCAAGGGAUACCGGCCCAGGCCUGGCUCUAGCUCAAAGGCAGGCAAGAGGCCUCAGCUGUGGGUGACCUGCCAUUUUCUGCACCAAACUCAACCAUCCUCUCUCACUAAAAGGAAGAGCAGUGGUGGCAGUCAUUCAGUACUCACUGUGUGGCACAGGAGCGCAAAGCAGAUGAUUAAUCACCAGGAAGGAAGGAAGUACAGUGGUACCUCGCAAGACGAAUGCCUCGCAAGACAAAAAACUCGCUAGACGAAAGGGUUUUUUGUUUUUUGAGCUGCUUCGCAGACGAUUUUCCCUAUGGGCUUGCUUCGCAAGACGGAAACGUCUUGCAAGUUUGUUUCCUUUUUCUAACACCGUUAAUACAGUUGCGACUUGACUUCGAGGAGCAACUCAUAGAACGUGGUGUGGUAGCCUUUUUUUGAGGUUUUUAAAGACUUUGGUGAUUUUUGAAGCUUUUCCAAAACUUUCCCGACACCGUGCUUCGCAAGACGAAAAAAAUCGCAAGACGACAAAACUCGCGGAACGAAUUAAUUUCGUCUUGCGAGGCACCACUGUAAAUGCCAGGGUUUUUUAGGCUGAACUUUUAAGCUGAAAUUGAUAGGCAGCAGGGUAAUUUUGGCAGCUGCAGGAAGCAACCAACUGAUCACAUGGGAGAAGGGUGAGGGCAACAUACAGGGCAUGGGUUGCCUUUAAGUGCCAUAGCAUCUUGGAAGUGAUUCAAAGAAGGCAACGGUAAUGAAGAUCUAAGCUAUAUUUCUUCCAUAAUUUAAGAACCACAGUAUACAGUUGCAAUCAAAAUUCUUCAACCCCUGUUGCAAAUCAGGUUUAUUAUCAAAAUUUACAGACUUUCAGCUGUUUGCAAUAAGCAAAUCAAACAAAAGCAAUUGAAAUAGCUCAACACAAUGUAUGCUUCAAGUGGUUUCUCCAAAUUCAGCUCAAAUUGCAACUUAUACUGGCUUCUCCAAUCUCACUAUGAUUCAACCCCCCUGAAUAGAAUCCCUCACAACAGCACAAAUACAACAGGUGUUGUCUCAAGCACUCCUUAUUUAGCUGAACAAGGGCUUCAUUAGUUGCAACAGGUGUGCUUGAGCCAGAACACAUGAAAUACCUGAGCUGGCAAGGGGUUUGCUGAGUGUCAAAUUUGGCUGCAUGUUAGAAAUAUCAUAGAAUCCUAGAGUUGGAAGAGACCACAAGGGCCAUCGAGUCCAACCUGCCAAGCAGGAAACACCAUCAGAGCACUCCUGACAUAUGGUUGUCAAGCCUCUGCUUAAAGACCUCCAAAGAAGGAGACUCCACCACACUCCUUGGCAGCAAAUUCCACUGUCGAACAGCUCUUACUGUCAGGAAGUUCUUCCUAAUGUUUAGGUGGAAUCUUCUUUCUUGUAGUUUGGAUCCAUUGCUCCGUGUCCGCUGCUCUGGAGCAGCAGAAAACAACCUUUCUCCCUCCUCUAUGUGACAUCCUUUUAUAUAUUUGAACAUGGCUAUCAUAUCACCCCUUAACCUCCUCUUCUCCAGGCUAAACAUGCCCAGCUCCCUUAGCCGUUCCCCAUAAGGCAUCGUUUCCAGGCCUUUGACCAUUUUGGUUGCCCUCCUCUGGACACGUUCCAGUUUGUCAGUGUCCUUCUUGAACUGUGGUGCCCAGAACUGGACACAGUACUCCAGGUGAGGUCUGACCAGAGCAGAAUACAGUGGCACUAUUACUUCCCUUGAUCUAGAUGCUAUACUCCUAUUGACGCAGCCCAGAAUUGCAUUGGCAUUUUUAGCUGCCGCGUCACACUGUUGGCUCAUGUCAGGUUUGUGGUCAACCAAGACUCCUAGAUCCUUUUCACAUGUACUGCUCUCAAGCCAGGUGUCACCCAUCUUGUAUUUGUGCCUCUCAUUUUUUUUUGCCCAAGUGCAAUACUUUACAUUUCUCCCUGUUAAAAUUCAUCUUGUUUGUUUUGGCCCAGUUCUCUAAUCUGUCAAGGUCAUUUUGAAGUGUGAUCCUGUCCUCUGGGGUGUUAGCCACCCCUCCCAGUUUGGUGUCAUCUGCAAAUUUGAUCAGGAUGCCCUUGAGUCCAUCAUCCAAGUCGUUGAUAAAGAUGUUGAAUAAGACCGGGCCCAAGACAGAACCCUGUGGCACCCCACCAGUCACUCUUCUCCAGGAUGAAGAGGAACCAUUGAUGAGCACCCUUUGGGUUCGGUCAGUCACAAAUCCACAUAUGGAUAAAUAGGUCAUGUUAGAAAUAUGAAUUUCUUGGAGAAUGGUCCAAGAAGAUAAGGGAAGAUAUCAUUUCCCUUCACAAACAAGGAGCAAGAUUCAAGAAGAUAGGAAAAGCACUGCAUGUUCCCAGAAACACUGUUGAAAGCAUAAUUCGCAAGUUAAAAGGUAAAAGGAACAGUGGUUACAGUACUUGGACAGGGUAGAAAAUGGAAGCUAUCUGAGGCAGCAACCACAAUGCAGAGAAGGCAGGCUGGGAAAAACCUUCAAGUGACUGCAAAAGAGCUGCAGCAAGACUUGAUGACAGCAGGCACUGAUGUUUCAGUGAGCACAGUAAGGUGCCUUACUAAGUGCAGAAGGUUUCCAUUCCAGAACUCCAAGACGUUCACCACUAUGAACCAAAAGCACAAGAAAACUCAGCUCCAGUAUACUCAAAAUCAUAUAAAUAAGCCACAGAAGUUUUGGGAUACUGUUCUGUGGAGUGAUGAAACAGAAUUGGAACUUUUUGGCCCCAUGGAUCAGCACUAUGUCUGGAGGAAGAAUAAUGAAAAGAACACUCUGCUCUGGGGCUGCUUUGCAUCCUCUGACACUUGCAGCAUGUGGAAGGCAGGAUGGAUUCAUUGAAGUAUCAGGAAAUCUUAGAAGAAAACAUGCUGUCCGUGAGGAAGCUGAAGCCAGGGCAUCACUGGACCUUCCCACAGGAUAAUGAUCCCAAGCAUACCUCAAAUUCCACCAAGGCUUGGUUGCAGAAGUAGUCCUGGAAGCUUCUACAGUGGCCAUCACAGUUACCUGACUUGAACCCCAUAGAAAAUCUCUGGUGGGAUUUGAAGAAGGCGGUUGCAGCACACAACCCCAAGAAGAUUACUGAAGUGGAGACCAUUGCUCAUAGGAAUGGGCUAAGAUUCCUCAGGAACACUGCCAGAAGCUGCUGUCUGGCUAUGCAUCUCAUUUGCAGCAGGUCAUAGCAGCAAAAGGCUGCUAUACUAAGAUGGUUGCCAUGAAGGGGUUGAAUAAUAGUGAGACUGGAGAAGAUAGUAUAAGCUGCAAUGUGAGCUGAAUUUGGAGAAACCACUUGAAGCAUCCAUUUGUGUUGAGCUAUUUCAAUUGCUUUUGUUUGAUUUGCUCAUUGCAAACAGCUGAAAGUCUGUAAAUUUUGAUCAUAAACCUGAUUUGCAACGGGGGUUGAAUAAUUUUGAUUGCAACUGUAUAUUUUCAUCACCUGUUUCUGUAUUCAAUCACUGCAAAAAUAUACAGUGGUGCCUCGCAAGACGAAAUUAAUUCGUUCCGCGAGUUUUUUCGUCUAGCGAAUUUUUCGUCUUGCGAAUCACGAAUUCCCAUAGGAAUGCAUUGAAAAUCAAUUAAUGUGCUCCUAUGGUCAAAAAAAGUCCAAACAAAGCCAAAUUUGGUACAACAACCUCCCCAACUGUUGCAAACCCCUCCCCAACUGUUCCCCCAGUCACCCAGCACACAGAAAUUCAAAUCCAGAAUUUUUUUUAAAAAACAGCAGAGUGGCCCAGUGGUCACAGAAAAUCAUAAAAAUGCAGAAAAAAACACACAAGCUUCCAGAUUCCUGCAAACCCCUCCCCAACUGUUCCCCCAGCCACCCAGCACACAGAAAUUCAAAUCCAGAAUUUUUUUAAACGAACCGCAGAGUGGCCCCAUGGUCACAGAACAUCAUAAAAAUGCAUAAAAAACCACACAAGCUUCCAGAUUCUUGCAGACCCCUCCCCAACUGUUCCCCCAGCCACCCAGCACACAGAAAUUCAAAUCCAGAAUUUUUUUAAAAAAACAGCAGAGUGGCCCAAUGGUCACAGAAAAUCAUAAAAAUGCAGGAAAAAACCACACAAGCUUCCAGAUUCUUGCAAACCCCUCCCCAACUGUUCCCCCAGCCACCCAGCACACAGAAAUUCAAAUCCAGAAUUUUUUUAAAAAAACAGCAGAGUGGCCCAAUGGUCACAGAAAAUCAUAAAAAUGCAGAAAAAGACACACAAGCUUCCAGAUUCUUGCAAACCCCUCCCCAACACCAAGUCCUUGAAUUCCAAACACCCCAACCCAAAAUCCAAAACCCCAAAAAAGUUUUAAAAGCUUAACUUGGCUGCAAAAGAAUUUUUGGAAAAGCUUCAAAAAUCACCAAAGUCUUUAAAAACCUCAAAAAAGGCUACUAUGUACACUGCGUUCUAUGAGUUGCUCCUCAAAGUCAAGUCGCAACUGUAUUAAUGGUGUUAAGAAAAGGAAACAAACUUGCAAGACGUUUUCGUCUUGCGAAGCAAGCCCAUAGGGAAAUUCGUCUUGCGAAGCAGCUCAAAAACGGAAAACCCUUUCGUCUAGCGAGUUUUCCGUCUUGCGAGGCAUUCGUCUUGCGGGGCACCACUGUAAUACAACUUCCAGAGAAGUAACAAUCUGUUCAAUUAUAUGAUGCCUCAUUAGGUAUGAGUACUAUUAAUAUGGUGGUUUAUGCAUUUUUCAGGACUGCUCAGAGAUGCUGAGGUGGUAGGUUCAAUAUAGAACCAUGAAGAGUUGACACGUGUCUUGGGCAGAUUUUUAUACUUGAAAGCAAGCCCAGUGAUAGGCAGUCAAUGAAAAUGUAGUUCCAAAUCUCUUCUUUGACUUUUUCCACUAUAGCCCAGCUUACUUAAACCUAAUUAAUCCUGGUUUUGGUUACUGGCAAAUUCUAAACUGUGGUAUAAAAAGCAAACGAUUCGCCGGGGUUUUCAAAAACUGUAUUAUGGUCAUUGUGCAGGAUUGUGCUACAUUUGGCUUAGUUCAUAUUGCAUACUUGUGGGUCCCUGAGAUUCAGAUCUAGAGUGUAAAACGUGUUAGAUUAAUGGUGCCAUUAAUGUAAUUUUAAUAUGUGGAUUAAAUAGCUGGGGAAUACUUCUAAAAGGUUUUCUUGAGAAAAGAUUUUUUUAAUGUAUCAAAGCUAGUAGUGAUUUACACUUGGCUCUAACCUUUGCUGUAUGCUUGCCCCAUGUUUCUUGAAAACGUUAAAACAAUUUAUACCUCUAAUAUUCUAAAACAAUUCAGUUUCCCUGGCAGCUAACUAGAGGAGUAUGGAUGCUAUCUAGAGCGAGAAAGUGAAAAUAAGACACUGUGAAAAUUAAAUGGGCUAAAUUUGUAUUUCAAAGUGGAACCAUUUCCUUUUUCUGACUAGAUGGAGUCUGCUCGCAAAGCAUGGGAGAAUUCACCAAAUGUCGGGGAGAAGAAUUCACCAGCUACAUCAUCAGCAUCUCCAGUAGGUGGUAGUAGUGGUAGCAGCAGCAGUGGCAGUGGAAGCAGCAGCAGUAGCAGUGGACCAACCAGUGGUACAUACAGCUCUUUCUCAAGUGCAUCAAUGCCUCCCAUUCCUGUGGCUUCAGUUACACCUACAACUUCAUUGUCAGGUACAAACUUUUGGACUACAGCCUUGUUGUUGUUGUUGUUGUUGUUGUUGUUGUUGUUGUUACGCAGUCUGUCUGACUGGGUUGCACCAGCCACUCUAGGUGGCUUCCAACAUAUAUAAAAGCAUAAUUAAACAUUAAAAAGCUUCCCAAUACAGGGCUGCUUUCAGAUGUCUUCUAAAGGUUAUUUAGUUACUCAUCUCCUUGAAAGUUUCAUAGUCCUUCAGUCUAAAAGACUGCCAGAACGGCUUGCAUACAGUCCCUUGAAACAAGGCAAGACAGCCCCUGGCCACAGUCUAAAAGACAUGACACUAAAGGGAUAGGGAGGGAAGAGGGUAAAAGCAAACUCGGGUUCCAGUUCUGUUUAACUCUCUGCAUUAUUCAACUCUAUUCUAAAAGCAACACACAUAACUAGCUUGUUCUCAGCUUGCCUGCUCUGGUUAGUUUACCUUGACUAUAGAGAUAACGUAAUUAAACCAUAAUACAGGUGGCGACCAUUUCGCACGUGUUCACAUGACACGCAAUCACCGAUGAACACGUCAUUUUGAACCUGAAAGAGGAUGGGGGAUAGUAGGGUGGGCUGACAGGCGCUCCACUGACCCGUGUGAAUGCCUGGAAUGCAAACAGAGAGUUGCCUGUAACUGAAAGUUUCCAAGAUUUCCUCCUCCGCCUAAGAUGCUCAGAUAAGGUUUUACUACAGUACAUGAAUUUCAUUGGAAAGCCCAUUAAUUAUGGAUCAAGCUUUAAUACAACUGAAUGUUGGGGAAGAAAAUCAGUAUUUAGGUUCAAGCGCGUCUACAAAUCUAGCACAGGGGUUCGGGUAGUUCUUUGGCACUUGAAGUAGUAUUUGUCCAGUAGAUUGUUGGUCAAUUUUUAAGAAAGUUUAACACGUGAUGUGUAAUUUUAAGCACAUAAGAACAUUGGUAUAUUCAGAAGGAAACAGCUGUGAACAUGCUACUUAAUCCAGAACAGGGAUGCAAUGGGGCAGGGCUAAAAUGAUCGCACAAAAUGGUCCCAGCCUGUACAUCAGAGUCUAAAUUACUCACUCUGGAUGCUGUUUAUGCCUGUUCAUUGACAGAAUAAAGCCUCCUUGAAGUGGCAUAAUGGAGUGGAAGAUGAGAGGACUUACAUUUUCAUGACAUACUUCACCCCCUCUCAUAAUACAAUAGUGUCUCCCAGGAAACAUUUAAAGAAUCAUUGCUCUAAAGCAGUUGAUGUUACUGAAAAAAGUUAACUGCAGUCUAAAAGAGUGGUUUAAAACUCAUGUCAGGGAAUUAUGCACAUAACCAGGGCUUGCUUGGUUUUUACUAGUGCAACUCCCACAACUGCUGAGACUGCUUCUUCAUUCAGGGAGCGGGGAGGGAAACAAUUUGCUCCCUCAUUUAUAGAAGAAGCAGUCCUGAAAACUGCAAAGGAAACUCUGGCUAUAUGUAUCAUUCUCUUGUAUAUGUCCUAUGGUGGUGUAUCAUCAUCAUCAUCAUCAUCAUCAUUUUUAAUUUGUUUACAACCUUUCGCCCUCAUGUUCCUGGGUGGGACACUGUGUGUGAAUAUUAUACUGACCCUAAUGCUGGCAUAGAAUGCCAGCUGAGUAAAGGGACCUUGUGAGACUUCAAAAGAUGCUAGUCCUUUGACAAGUCUCCAGGAAAUGUGACCCUAUAAGAAUGAGCGGCCACCAUUAUUACCAACACAUCCCUCUGUUAUACAGACUUGGGGGCCAACUAGGGCCAUCACAUACAGGAAGAAGUAAUCUGUGAAGCUACUUUAGGCAAAUCCUCCUGUAGGCACCCUUCAAUUGGCAUGGAAGGUCCUGUUAGUGUUAUGUCUGGGUGUUGCCUGGUUGGCGAUGAUCCAUGACAAGACCUCCCAAGCAUUUGAUGACUGAAAUAUACUAUUCUCGGCAACCUUGAAAGUAUUACCUGUAAUAAUACGUUAACUGUGUUUGAAUGUUUCUAGGUGUUCAUAAUGUUUUUAAGUAUUCUUUUAAAUUUUUUGAUGAUAUUUUGCUGCUUUGUUGUUCGCUUUCCUGGUCUUCUUUGGAAAGAAGGCUGGGACAGAAAUUAAAUAAAUAAAUAAAUAAAUAAAUAAAUAAAUAAUGCAGAAGUAGAAUGUUUGAAUAAAGUACUGCAGUAGUUAGCAACUUGCAUUUUUACUUAGGGUACACCAAAUUUAUGACUAGCUUACUGAAGCAUGUUAGAUUUUAGUAACUAUUAAAGCAGUGCUUUGCUGGUUGUAAUUUUAGGAGCUGGAACAUACACUACCUCUUCACUGAGUACAAAAACAACCACAACCUCUGAUCCACCCAACAUUUGUAAAGUGAAGCCACAGCAGUUACAGACAAGUAAUUUGGCAUCUGCUGGUCACUUUUCCCAGCUAAGCUGUAUGCCAUCACUAAUUGCUCAGCAGCAGCAGAGUCCACAGGUCUAUGUGUCUCAGUCGGCAGCAGGUAAUAUACGAGGUAGUCUCUUUGCAUUGUAUCUGGGUAUAAAUGGUUCCUCUUUCUAUUUAAAGGUAGGGGUGACUAAAUUUAAGCUCAGUGUUUCUUAAAUCUUCUGGUUACUUUCAUGAUUGCAACUUUGUAGUCUAUUCAUUUCUCCCAACAAAUUGUAUUGAAUGUUGUAGUAUUUGUAAACAAAACACAAAUGCUCUUUUUGAAAGUUUACAUCAGUCUUUUUCUCUUGCCUUUGAAAUGUCCCCCCCCCCCCAGCAUUUGUUUAGCAGCUAGGCGUAUCAGUUACCUUUACUUUUUAGUUAACUCAUGCGCUGUGCUACUGAUUUUUUUCUCUUAUGACUUUGUAGCUCAAAUUCCAGCUUUCUACAUGGAUACAAGCCAUCUCUUUGGUACCCAGCAUGCACGACUGGCUCCUCCAUCACUGGCCCAGCAGCAGGGAUUUCAGCCAGGGCUCUCACAGGUACUAUGGGGAUUGACUGGGUGGCAUAUUUGCUUUUUAAUAACAAUACAUGUUGACUCUUGUAUUCCAAAUCAGAGUUCAACCAUUCUCCAUUUUGAAUGUCCUUGUCCAGCUAAACCAUUGAGUUGUGGUCACAGCUGGUGGCUCAUACUGGAACAUUUUUAACUGUGUAUUCAAAGAGCAGAGGCAUCCUACUGUGAAAGAUUAAGCUCAUCAGCUGCAAGAACUGGGGUACCUUCUGUAGUCUGCAGUUCCUGCAAGCCAAAUGUCUUGCACAGAAUCUGUAGGUACUUCCCACUCCUUUGAUAUUUUUAGCAACUAGUGAGAUGCACACACCAUUAUUAGUUCAGGUAUCAUAGGUCAGUGUCAGAGCACUUUCUUUGUGAGUAAAAACUCCCAGUUUCAGUCCACAGCAUCUAUAGUUAAAGGAUUUCAAGAAGCAAGUUGAAAAGACAUCCUUUUAACUGAGAACUUUGAGAGCCACCUCAGGAGAAUAGAAUUGCUAGACGGACUGAGCACAAGGCAGUUUCUGAUGUUUGCUUGCUUGCUUGGGUAUCUAAUUAAUUAUAUUCCUUACAGCCUACAUCAGUUCAGCAGAUACCAAUCCCUAUAUAUGCACCUCUGCAAGGGCAGCAUCAAGCUCAGUUGGGUUUAGGAGCAGCACCUGCUGUUUCCCAAGCCCAGGAAUUGUUUAACUCAUCAUUGCAGCCUUAUAGGUAAGUAGAAAGCAACUCCGCUUUUUUAACAUUUUGUUUCUAGUUCUAGUCUCUUAACCAUGUCACACAUUUUUUCCAUUUGUAUUCACUGGUGUAAGAAUUGUGAAAACUGCACUGUUUUAUGAAAUGUUCUGAAAAUGUCCAGAAAAUGUUCUGAAAUUAAACAGUCCACAUUAAAAUUUAAAAAUGUAUGCAAAGUAAGUUCAUUCAUUUUUAAAUUUUUGUGUGCUUUAGGGAUAAGUGUUGAAAAUGUUAGACCAAAAGGAGGCUUAGAAUUUCUGAGGUGGGAGUAGGAUAGAUGUGGAAUGUGAAGUAUCAUUUCUCUGCCUGUUCAGAAUCUUGCCAGUCCUUUGUGUUUGUCCAGUUUAGGUUUCCUCUGCAAUUUUGAGCAGAAUCGCUUGAAAUAUUGUAAAUUUGAUGCUCUUACAACUUGUGUGGUGCAUUUUUGUGCUAGAUUUUGAAAUAAUCUGUUUCUCUGGCUAUGACACUUUUAUUCAACUGCUGGCGAAGUGGCUUUAAGUCAUGUGUUACAGUUUCUAGAAAGAACCAUUCUUACAGUUCUGUAAACAAGAACAAAAAAAGUCUUAAAUUAAUGUCAAUUUUGAGUAUUUGCAUGGAUUCCCCCCUUAGUAAUCUUUUUCUUGUAAUAAGGGGGUGUAUGAUAUAUGUUUGUGUGUUUCUCCUUGUUUUAUGCCUAGAGCACAUUAAAACUUUAAUCAUGAAACCAGUUUUUGUAGUUUAAUAACGUUUUAUUAACUUAACUAAUUGAGGGCACUAUUGUUUUAUAGAUCCCAGCAGGCAUUUAUGCAGAGUGGCCUGUCUCAGCCGUCCCCAGUGGUUCUUUCUGGCACAGCCUUACACAACUUCCCAGCAGUGCAGCAUCAGGAGCUUGCCAAGGCACAGUCAGGCCUUGCAUUUCAGCAGACAUCUAAUACUCAGCCUAUUCCUAUCUUGUAUGAGCAUCAACUGAGUCAAGCUUCAGGACUAGGAGGCUCCCAGCUUAUUGAUACGCAUCUUCUCCAGGUCAGAGUCAGACCUCCCCAGAAAAGUAACUGAAGAGUUGGAAUCACCUCUUUAAUACAACAAAAUGGAAUGGUUGUGCUGCUUCUGAGUGUAUAUAAAAGGGAAAUUAAUCUGCAUUAUGAGACAAUGAGUACCCGGCUCUGCAGGCAAGGGGUGACAUAACUGGACUUCUGAGGCUCAGAAUGUGUUUCCCCACAGGGGAGCCACAGAAAGCAUGUAGUUGGUCAAGGGAGCCGUGGACUCAAAAAGGUUGAAAACCUCUGAGCUACAGGGUAAUGUUAUCCUUUCUGUCACAGGCACUCGCUGCCCUAUCAUGCAAACAGCCUUCCCAGUUUUUGUGAUGUGCAUUUAUUUAAUUGUGCCCUGUCGUAUGAGCGUUGGAAGCUGCCUUCUACUGAGUCAGGCCAGUGGUUGAGUAUCUGGCAGCAGCUCUGCAGCAUUUCAGAUUCAGACAAGGGUCUCUCCCAGCCCCACUGGAGGAUGCCAGGGAUUGAAUCAUAGAAUCAUAGAGUUGGAAGAGACCACAAGGGCCAUCGAGUCCAACCCCCUGCCAAGCAGGAAACACCAUCAGAGCACUCCAGACAUAUGGUUGUCAAGCCUCUGCUUAAAGACCUCUCCACCACACUCCUUGGCAGCAAAUUCCACUGUAGAACAGCUCUUACUGUCAGGAAGUUCUUCCUAAUGUUUAGGUGGAAUCUUCUUUCUUGUAGUUUGGAUCCAUUGCUCCGUGUCCGCUUCUCUGGAGCAGCAGAAAACAACCUUUCUCCCUCCUCUAUGUGACAUCCUUUUAUAUAUUUGAACAUGGCUAUCAUAUCACCCCUUAACCUCCUCUUCUCCAGGCUAAACAUGCCCAGGUCCCUUAGCCGUUCCUCAUAAGGCAUCGUUUCCAGGCCUUUGACCAUUUUGGUUGCUCCUCCUCUGGACACGUUCCAGUUUGUCAGUGUCCUUCUUGAACUGUGGUGCCCAGAACUGGACACAGUACUCCAGGUGAGGUCUGACCAGAGCAGAAUACAGUGGCACUAUUACUUCCCUUGAUCUAGAUGCUAUACUCCUAUUGAUGCAGCCCAGAAUUGCAUUGGCUUUUUAGCUGCCGCGUCACACUGUUGGCUCAUGUCAAGUUUGUGGUCAACCAAGACUCCUAGAUCCUUUUCACAUGUACUGCUCUCAAGCCAGGUGUCACCCAUCUUGUAUUUGUGCCUCUCAUUUUUUUUUGCCCAAGUGCAAUACUUUACACUUCUCCCUGUUAAAAUUCAUCUUGUUUGUUUUGGCCCAGUUCUCUAAUCUGUCAAUGUCGUUUUGAAGUGUGAUCCUGUCCUCUGGGGUGUUAGCCACCCCUCCCAGUUUGGUGUCAUCUGCAGAUUUGAUCAGGAUGCCCUUGAGUCCAUCAUCCAAGUCGUUGAUAAAGAUGUUGAAUAAGACAGAACCCUGUGGCACCCCACUAGUCACUCUUGAACUUGGAAUCUUCUGCGUACAAAGCAGAUUCUCUGCCACUGAGCUACAGCCCAACUCAUGUGUAUUAUUAUACAUAGUGCUUCAGUUGUUUGAGGCACCGUACUGUUGAACACUUACUGUACUGGGCUGGUGUCAACAGCCAGCAUUCCCAUGCAGCUACUGUGGCCCUCCACACCAGGCAGCUGGGUCUGCAGCCUUGUUUCAUUUACACACAGUGACACUCCAGGACGUUGUGAGUAAUUAAUGGUAGGUGACUCAUAGACACCUGGGACAGAUCACAAUGUUACCCACACUUGGAGGGACCCCAUCAAACCCUGGAUAUGUUUCCUUUCCCCAAAUACACCUCUUCUCCCCACCCCCUUCUUUCCAAACUGUAACAGGGAGGAAGGAAAACUGGAAACUGGAACUGGAGCAUGCAGGUUUCAGGUAAUUUCAGACAGAUGUAUGGAAGAGUCCUGCACACCCUGAUGCAGUCCUGAUUCACCCAUUAAAACUUUCACUUUUUAUAGAACCUUGUUCCCAUAUUUGGCAGUGAUGUGUUUCAGCUGGUUUGAAUAUAGAUUAUACAUAGCAACAGUUAUGUGUCCAAUUAAAUCUGGGACAUAUUUUAUCCAUGCUUGCUGCUUUUCCAAAUAUGGAAAUGUUUAUAGCACGAGUGGAGAACCUGUGACCCUUCAGGUGUCCUUGGACUUCAGCUCUCACCAUUGGGCAUGCUGGCUGGGGCUGAUGGGAAUUAAAGUUCAGCAACAUUCCUGCUGCAGCAUACAGAGAAGAGUAAAUCUAAAAUGAAAUGGUCAUACAACUGUUCUGUUCUUCAAAUUAAAUUAACCUUGCUUAGCUAGUCACCUAGAAAAUGUUAACCUCUCUCUUCUCAGGCCAGAGCUACUCUUACCCAGGCCUCAAAUUUGUAUUCUGGACAGGUUCAGCAACCAGGUCAGACUAGCUUCUAUAACACUGCGCCAUCUCCCAGUGCUCUCCAGCAGGUAAACUAUGGCACGGUAAAUUGCUUUCAAUUAUAUUUAAUAUGUGUUUGUUUGUGUGCUUGUGGUGCAUGUAGUACCAUUGUCUCCUGACAGGAGAAUGUUCUUUUGAGAACCUAGUUUGUGUUCUUUUAUAGAGAAGUUGCUGUCUCUCUGAAUAUAGCAGUCCAAAACAGUUCUAACACAGAGCUUUCUUUUUAAAAAACAAUAUAGUGUUCUUUUUCUUUUCUUUUUCUUCAGAAGUGUUGCUCUAAGAAAAUCAAGCCACCUUUUGUCUAGAGAUCACUGUGAUGUUUACUGUGGUCCUUACUGUACUCCAGUUAAACUUCUUAUGAUCCUAGAGUCAACAGCUAGGAAGUUGAUCUUCCAUUAUGCAAAACCAUAAUGUGAUUUCAGAGAAUAGUUUUCUCCAAGAUCAGGUGAUAAAUACUCAAGACCAUAGUGCUUCUGCUGGGGAUUUGUUAGAAAAAUCCUGUUCAUGGCAUCUAAACAUUAGCAAGAUGGUGCAGAUCUGUAAACUACAUAGGCAUUUCUUGUACAUAGAGUACAUAGAAAUGGAUAGGAGCACUUGAUGAAUGUCUGCAUACAAUUCCCCUUCAGUUCAGUUUGUUCAGUGAUGUGCUGGUCUUCUAUAGAGGUGAACAUCCUAAACGUAUUUCAUAAGCUUGCCUCUUUUGAAUAAUGGCUACUUGGUAUAUUACAUUAGAUCAUACUGCAGCAUUACCCCAAACCAUGGCUCAGCAGUCAAUGGUGGCAUUGGAGGCCAGCACUGUUGCUAGGCAAGAGGUAAAUCUUUAAAUUAGGCUGGUGGGACAAUAAUAAAAAAGAGGUCAUCCCUUUUGGAUCAAGAAUGGAGGCUCUAUUUUAUUGCAGAGUUGCAAGGGGAAUUGGGCAUAGUGUGUAUGUUUACCAGAAUUUCCCUGCUCUAAAGACAGAAGUCUCUACAUGAGAGCAGAAAAUGGUUGCUUCUGAGUAACAAAGGUAAUAUCAGAAUAAGGUAUUUAGAUAAGGUCUGCAACUGGAGUGGAUAAAUUAAGAACUACGCUUUCAUAGCCAGGAGCAAUUUCCCCUUCAUGUUAUGUGAUAUUUUGGUAUAUUGUUUGGUGGAGGGUGUAGUUUGUCUUCUAACUAUAUUGCCACUGAUACUGCUAUCUUUUAUAUCUCGUUUAAUAUUUUAUGGACAUAGCACUUUAAAUUUUGGUAUUUUGUAUCUAAUUGUGUAGUUAUCCAGUGAGGACACCAUCACUGAAGUCAUUACAGACACACAAGAGAGGUUGCAAUGGGGGCUGGACAGAAGAGAUGAGGGGUUAGAAAUAUACUGCUAAGCCUCUUCUCAGUCCUUCCCUUUGAAUGUGUGGACCCUAGAUGCCACACCAAUUUAAUAGUGGAUUUUCAGCAUCCAUAGUGAGCUCAUCUUUGGUGUCUCAGGACUUCACGGCUACUAUGACAACAGUAGAGCUGUCACAAUAUGUUAUGAUCCCACCCUGAGGAAGGUAACACUCUGGAUCAGAACAGGGUAUAGGUUUGGUGCUUUAGAUGAGGAGACUUUUUUAAAUAGCACACUUGUCUUAAGCUCAUUUCCUGGUGAGAUUUACAUAUCUCGCAUUCCUGUUUCUCUGCACAGAGUAGGGGACACAUUAAGAUGGUCUCCCACCACAGAAGCUGAUGGAUUCAUACGUAUUCUUGAGAGUUCUUGGAACAUUUCCAGUCAAUAUGACUGGUGUUCCUAUUUGUGCUCUGGCCACUUGGUGGAACCUGUUUGACACAAUCCCUAAGUGUACUCUCCCUAGGUAGAGUCCCUAUACCUCCGUGGCUUACUUGAGGAUUAGGGGCAGAGAAAUGGCUGGGCCAUGAUUAAAAUACCAGGUGGGGUGUGUGUGGAAUUUUAGCAAAUCUACCCCACACAAAUAAGAUGGCUAUGAAGAAACUACAUCUCUUCCAUUAUUGUGUCCUCACAGUGUUGUCCUUUUGAGUCUGUAUGGUGCCUGUCUUCUCCAUCAGGGCCAAGAAAUAAAUGCUUUCAGUUACUGCUUUCUGCACCAUGAAACCCAAUUCCUGCUUCUGAAACCUCAGUUUUACAGGGAAUAAUGAGGGAGAUAGGGAAAACAUAAGUUAUAGGAGAAGGACAGGGAGGGAAUUCUGUUUACUAAGAACCAUGUCCUACUCUGGCUUGCUUUCUGAAUCAUCAGAUGCUGCCCAUAUGUUUUCAAGUUUAUAACUCCAAAGGAUAAAAAUGUGUAUAUUCUUUCUGUUCAGAUGCACUAAAGGUACAAAUUAUAUUAGCUGUACAUAGAGAGCAACACGUGUAUAUUUCUCAACAGUAUUCAGAAGUGGCAAUUUAAUCAUGAUGCACUUUAGCUAUUGAAGCAUCUGUGUGUCUAAAACAUUCUUGCAUUUUUCUCCAGGUGACAGUACCUAUACCAGGAUCACAACUUUCUUUGCCCAACUUUGGAUCAGCAGGCCAGCCUUUAAUUGCUCUUCCACAGUCCCUUCAGCCUCCUUUACAGCACACACCACCACAGCCUCAGACUCAGAAUCUGAGUCGGCCAGCACAAGUAGGCCAGCCUUUCAGAGGACUAAUUCCAGCUGGAGCUCAACACAGCAUUAUAACUGGGAAGGUAAAUGUGACUGUGUCUUAAAUCUUGCUGAAUGGCAGCAGAAAAGCAUGAACAAAUGCACAUCAUAUCCAGGCAUGCCAUGGUUAUUGUAUAGCAAUCAUUCCAAAGGGAUAAUAUCUUAGUCCUUGUAGCACCAUAACCAGUUUAUGACGAAAUAGCAAAUGGAAGAGAUUGAAAAUGGAUGGAAUUGGUUUAGAAUUAAACUAAUUCAACCAAAGUUCCCCAGCACAUACCCUGCAGGGAAACACCCUGGCAAAACAGCAGCCAGAAGCAUUGAACUCUCUCUCUCUCCAUCAGCUGACAUCACCCAGUGUUGUCAGCUGGUGGACAAGUGAGUAGUUUGAGGGAAAUAGCCUCAUGGGCCAAAUUGGACCCCCUUGUAAGCUAAGGUUGGCCCACAGGCUGGAGGUUUUGUAUCCUAUGGUGGUUCACAUUCACAGUCAAAUGAGCGUACCUCCCCCAAGCAUCCUUAUACUCUGAACCACAGUUGUGUUGUUUCUCCAGCUGUGAGCCAAUGGCAUCACUGAGUAGCACUAAAAAUAGUGGACUCAUAAGCAAAAAAAGGAGGAAAGGUCAUGUUUCCAAAGGGGUGGGGAUGGCGUGUUAGAAACUCCAGUUCUUUUUAUACUACUGAAAAUUACCUGGGAGUACUAGAGGAAGCCCACUUUGGAAAAUAGUGGAGGAAAGUGUUUGGUGGGGUCACUAUUUUUUAUUUUUAAAAAGCCACUGAUUUUCCACUGAAUUGUUGGGGCUCCCUGUAGACCACCAAAAACCUUGGUGUGCAAUAUGCAAGUCUCGGGUUUGCCACCCACGCUCUGCGCAGCUGACUGAGGUAGGCUGAGCGGGCAGAAUUUGUGCUCAGGGGCUCAUGUUGCGCACAUAGCUUUCUGGGGGACUCAGCCAAAUACGGGAACACCAUAGCCAUACAUUUACUUAGACCAUUUGACACUAUCCAGUAAGUACUUCUCAGUCCCAUAGAGACCAUGCAAAUGCUCAGUGACUCUUUUAUCUGUUACGCAUAAGUCUUUUGGUGAGAUUCACUGAGUAUUGGUAGAGAGUGCUUAAGAGCUUUCAGUUUGCCUAGCUGAGGAUUUUAAUUAUUUAUGUCACAUGAAAUAUGAGAGUAUGAACCGUAACAUGUCAACAGCUCCCCCCCCCCCAAGAUUUUGGAGUAGGUGUGGAACUUGUUUCCUAGCUCCUAUUGCCAUUGUAAAGAUGAUUAAAUGAGUAUGGCAGGGCCCUUCAUGAAAUUAAAGGUAAAGGGACCCCUGACCAUUAGGUCCAGUCGUGGCCGACUCUGGGGUUGCGGCACUCAUCUCGCUUUAUUGGCCGAAGGAGCCGGCAUACAGCUUCCAGGUCAUGUGGCCAGCAUUACUAAGCCGCUUCUGGCAAGCCAGAGCAGCGCACGGAAACGCUGUUUACCUUCCCGCCGGAGCGGUACCUAUUUAUCUACUUGCACUUUUGAUGUGCUUUCGAACUGCUAGGUGGGCAGGAGCAGGGACCGAGCAACGGGAGCUCACCCCGUCGCGGGGAUUCAAACCGCCGACCUUCUGAUCAGCAAGUCCUAGGCUCUGUGGUUUAACCCACAGCGCCACCCGUGUCCCAUGAAAGUAUUAGUGUGUAAUUUUGUGUCCUUUGUAAGUUGGUUGGGUUUCUUUGCUUCAGAUGUCAGAAAUGGACCUGAAAGCUUUUGGAAGUGGCAUUGAUGUUAAACCAGGCACACCUCCAGUCACCGGACGAAGCACCACUCCAACGUCUAGUCCCUUCCGGUAAGCAAGUCUUUACAAACAAGUUAGCAGCAUAGAUUCGUGAUGAAGCCCACUUACAGAAAUAGUACUUAUUAAGCAUUAGUGUAAGGGUGCCACUCUGGUAGGCAGCUGUGAAGUGGCAUAGAAAUGUUUAAUAAAUAAGGGCUAAUGCAGUUUGGAGAAAGAUUUGUGCAGAACAUUGACUUGGGCCAUGAUAUUUUAUAUGGACAUGCUUCUAACAACACUGAAUAUGGACCACGCCUCCCAUCUUAAAACUGCUAAAAUAUUGUUAUAUUUUUUUUUAAAAAAAAUUAAGUGAAUGUAAUAAAUGGGUGUUAUGUGGGAAUGGGUUGGCUGGCGUGGAAUAUUUAUGUUUUAAUUAAGCCAUUAACAGGCAUUCUGGCCUCUUUUUGCAGUCAGUCAUUUCAGAUUGCUUUUUGGUAUUUCCUCUACUUUGUAGUAAGGAGACAGUGUCAGUAAUUGUGUGGCUGGAGGGCUCAACUAACUGAGCUGCUCAGGACUGAGAUGAAAAAGGAAACAUAUUUGGAAACAGGGCAAUUUAUUUUGCAGGAAAUAUGAAGACAGAAUGACUGCAUACUUGCCCAAUUCCCAUUUAUUUCAGCAGAGCUUGCACAGGUGUGUUUCCAUAGGAUUGUGUUUCAUAUAUAUAUGACAACAAUCAAUAUGACUAUGAAUUUGGAUACUGUACUCAUGUCAGUGAAUACUGCUAUUUGAUUAAAUGUUCUGAAUUUUAUGAAGAGUGCUCCUUAGAAUUUAUUUUCAUUUCCUUGUACAUUUUUCUACAUAGCCCCAAUAUUAUCUAUGCGAUAUUAGGGAUUCAGCAAUAACAGAGCAAGAAGAAAUGCUUCUUAUUAGUGCCAGGUAGUAUUUGGUCUUCAGUUGGAGAGGGAAGAACUUGCAGAUUUGAGCUACAGCCAGUACUUAGGGUUUCAAAUUACUCAAAAGUCACUCAUAUUACUCAAAUUGAAAAGUAAGGUGACUUGUAAGACUCUUUUUAGUAUUAUUUUAAAUGCUUACUUGAAGAACACAAAUUGAGAGGAGAGAUCAAAACAUAGAAGUCUGGGGACCAGAUAAUAUGCUUCGGCCCACACAAUAAGCUUGCACUCAUCCGUUAGAAUGUUUUUCCCCCUUUGAAAUGCUGACCACCGUACCAAACCACUGAAAUUCUCCUCAGCUUUAAAAGCAGGUUCCCAUUCAGGUUUUCCCCUCUCAGUUUUGAGGGCUAACACAACUCGCUUCAUAGUACAUUGGAUCCUGAUCAGAGCUGGAGAUUGAUUUUGAAAGCAGUACUGAGCACAAAAUCAGUGGAAGUCUAAACAAGAUGAUUUGGAAAGCUAAGUUUUGUGCUUCCCUUAAAAUAAAGCCCCUGGCUGAGAGUUAUUUGGGAGUUUCCCAAAAUCUGAAGACAUAUUUUUAAUAGAAGCAUUUAGCUAUAGUGAUUACCCCUGUCAGGUGUGGCAGCAGCUCAGGAGAUUAAACUACCAGUAUCACAUAGGAAUGUUUGCUGGGUGCCAGAAGAAAGCAAAGGUCUCAUGGUUCUGUUUGAAAGAACAGAACAGUGUUAAAUCCUCCUGCUGUAUUACAGGGUUUCUAGAGACAUUGUGCACUGCCUAUUGAAUUCAGAAUACCACAAUUUAUAGUUAAGCUUCAUUUCUCCCUUUGUGUGGGGUGGUGGUAGUAAAUUGAGCUUUAAUGUUAGCAUCUCUCUAUUUCAUAUUGCUGUACAAUAAACUCCUGUUUCCUUGUGUUCGCUACAAACAGCAUUUACUAAAUAAUGGCCAGUUUUCUUCUGGAUUCAAGGUAGCACAUGAAAAGUGUAACAAAAGGUUUCUCUGGUGCCUAUGAUAUCCAAUAUAUUAACUUACUUAAAAUGUUUUCUCUCUUAAGGGUUGCUUCCACAAGUCCGAACAGUCAGGCCAAUAAAAUGAAUACCAUCGUCUACCAGAAGCAGUUUCAGUCGGCAGCUGUGAGAAUGACGCAACCAUUUCCUCCUCAGUUUGCACCCCAGGUGGGCAGCAGCUGCUAUACUGCCAGUGGUCUGAGAUUUUCUAUCUUCAGCUUAUUUCAAAUGGAAGAACCCCUAUAUGCAGGAAUAUCUAUCAAAUAUUUCCUUAAAUAAUUUAUAAAUCAAAUAUAUAUAAACAUUCUGUAUCUUGUUUUCAGUAACAUCUGUGCUCCUAAAGUUGAGAGAUUGGACAGCUCUAAUGCAGGCAGGUGACCACAGGCUUCUCCGCACAGCUCUUGCUACAUUUGAGUGUUAAACAUUUAAAGGGAGAGGGGAAAAUAGUGUCUGAGAGAAGGGUCCCAGUGUGCGGCUUAAAGCAGACAUCAUCAAGUGCACAAUACAACAGGAAUGUCUCCUGUGCUGGCUCUGCUGAGAAUUGCAUAUGCCUCCACCUCUACUCAUUUUAUUGGUGCUUGUACAGAAAUUCCUGGUGAAUUGUGUGCUGUUAGCCACUUACCUGAAAUGCAGCUGUAAGGCAGUCUUCAAAAUAGUUAGCUACAAAUAAAAAAUUGAGCAUCCUUUAAAAGGGGGAGUACUUUCAGAGUGCUGUUGCUAUAAAGUAUAUGAUAUGGAGACAUGUGGUGUGUACUUUUGAUUCUAAAAAUGUCUUGUAUGUUGCACUUCAAAUUUGAGAUUGCCAGAUUCUGUUUGAAAACAUAAACCUAUCUGUUGCCAAUCCCUGCAUCCUUGACAUAUAUUUUGAGGAACCCCUCCCCCCUUUUGGUUUUCAAAUGUGCUAAGACAAUUUUUAAGCACACUUCCUACCUUAAGUUUCUCCCCCCCCCCCCUAGAAUUCUCCAAACAUGGCCAAUCUGAAUAGAAAAAAUGCACCCACCACAAGGCACUGAUUGGUGGCAGAGGCGUGCUCUCUGCAGAGAAGCCACCAUGUGAUCAGGUUGGCAUUAUGCUAACAGCUAAAUGUCUCUCUUUUUGUUGUUGUUUUUCCCCCACUUAGAUCCUCUCUCAGCCUAACCUGGUCCCUCCAUUGGUAAGAGCCCCACAUACUAACACCUUCCCAGCGCCUGUUCAGAGGCCGCCAGUGGCACUGGCUAGUCAGAUGCCACCUCAGAUGACCACAGGCCUUAUGAGCCACCCUCGUUUGCCACAUAUGGCCAGGGGUCCUUGUGGAUCACUCUCUGGAGUCAGAGGCAAUCAGGCCCAGACUGCGAUGAAGGCUGAACAAGACAUGAAGGUUAGUAUUUUUGGAUGGCCAUGCUGUGUUAACCACAGUUCAGUCUUAACAGCUUGCAAGGCAAAAUACUACUAUUAAAAUGCCUCUCGAUCCUUCAGAUACCCCUUUCUGCAGUGGCCACAGAGAAUAUAAACCCAAAUAUUGAUUUCAGGUAGCACAUGUUAGUAAAAGCACAAUCCCAGGGAAUGUGAUUUCAACGCUUAAGGGUUUGCCUGCUUUUAUUGCAGUCCGCUGCCUGGUGGAUUGCACCCAUUCCCUUUGCCUUUCUCUUAUUUUAAAUGUACAAAACCGUUAUUAAAUAGCUAGAAUCUCCCAUCAAUAGCUGCAUUUCACUGCAUGACAUUAUUUGAAGAGCACUUGGAGACCCUUCUGAACGAAACAAGACACUUUCCUUUCAAUGUGAGCUGUGUGGGGAUACCAUAAGAUUAAAUGAACUCAGAAAUCAGUGCACCCAAUCAAUUGUUAAAAAGGACAGAAUUUCCUUAUUAUUUUCAGUUGUGUACAAGGACAAAAGAGUGGUUCCCUGAGACAAUCUACAGGGUUUUUGUGAUUUUCAAAUGGUUUGGUCAGUAUAAUAGGCAAUGCCUCUGAUAAAUGAGUUCUGCUAUUUGUACAAAUUAUGGUUGGCUGGCUUGAGGGUGGAUGGGAGGAGUGCAUAUGUUGUUAAGUUUUAAUAUUAAAAUUAAAACUUAUCAGGCAACUUACAAGAAAAAACAGUAUCAAAUCCCAAUAGAACUAAAUUACUAAAUCAGUAGGACCAGUAAAAACAUAACAGACUAAUUAAACUAGAAUCAGUAUAAAUUUCCAGUUAAAAACAUCUUCAAUCACAUAUUGGAAGGCUUGGGCAAAUAAAAAUAUAUUUGCCUGACAUUGGAUUUGGAGUCCCACAUAUUUGACAACACAGUCACAAAGUCACCUAUCUUGGAGGAGGACCUCUGAGAAAGACUCAAGUGAGAGAAGGUGGUUCUUUAGAUAACCUGUGUCCCAGAUCAUGUAGGGCAAAUAUACUGCAGAUGGUAGUGAACAUCCACCUGAAUUGUUUUGCUCUCAUUGCUGUCCUUUUUCUGUCCCAAGGCAAGUAGCAGCUUUCUCAGCCAAAGUUUUCAUUAUUACAUUUGGAGAAAAUGUUUAAAUAUAUAUAUUUGACUUGAGGAAGGCUAACAACAGGCAUAGGCAAACUCGGCCCUCCAGAUGUUUUGGGAUUACAACUCCCAUCAUCCCUAGCUAACAGGACCAUGGUCAGGGAUGAUGGGAAUUGUAGUCCCCAAACAUCUGGAGGGCUGAGUUUGCCUAUGCAGGGCCAACAAUAACCAGGUGUAAUGAUACCUAGAAUAAAGCCUUUCCCGUUGCCAUGUUACCAUCUAUCAUUUUGUUUAAAAGAAGACAUUGUUAUACCAUUUGGAAAGUUUGUGCUACAAAAAGAUACUUUGAAUUGUUACAGGCAUGCAUGCUUUUUCAAUUCCAGUUACCAUUUCCGAUGAUAAUGCUCAGGGAUCCCAUAUCCCAUCUUGAAAAAUUGUGGAAAUGCACAGUUGAAUUGUGAAGAGGAAAUGGCACUUUCAGUUGUUGUCCACCCCUCCUUCUCCUUAAUUUCCAGGUCUAUACAAUGAACUGGAUGCCUGUUUCAUGGAAGCAGAAUCCUUUUCUCUUGAGUAAAAUUAUUUGCAGGGUCUGAUUGUGCAGAAUUUUUUAUGAUGCUUGUGACUAACUGCAGCUUAAUCACACAACCUUUAGGUGGAAGGGUAUGAGAAGAGACUUUCCUCUUGGCAAGCCCUGGUGGUAUUAUAAUCUUCUCAGGUGGUUUGCGUGUAAUUCUGACUUCUCUUUAAACUCAAACGGUAUAUUUAAAUUUUCUACCUUUUAGUAAAGUCAGCCUAGUGGCUACAGUUCCAAGAAAGUGUUUGCAAUAUUUAUACAAGCAUGUGAGAAAAAUGGAUUUUGACCCUUGCAAAAUCACGAAUAUUACAAUGUGCAACCCAAUAAUCAAAUGUUACUCCUGUGAAAAAGAUGUCGCAAAUUUUUGCAGAUGGAAGAUAGCAACAAGUGUGAUACAUUGAGCUCAUGCAUAUACCAUGUUUACUCAAAUCUAUCGCUUCUCGGCCUUUUGGCUAAGAUCAAGUGCAUAUUUACUGAAAUCUAAUACCCACCUUUUUUGGCCAAAUUGCGUUGCAAAAAUCAGGGUGUACAUUAGUUUCUGUGGCACAUUACAUCCAAGCAAAUAGGGUAGUUUUGCAGGCCAUCGGCCUCCUGCAGCUUGACUUCCUCCAGGAGGCUUGUCUUCCCCCCUGCUACCCAAAGUCCACUGGCACCAAGCCACUUUCUCUUAUGUUUUUCUCGCGAGGCAGUGACUCUUGAGCCCUAGCAGUAGAGGGCUGCUCGCACGGAAGAGGCAGCAGUGGGAUGCCAGUGGUAGGCGCCUGAUCCUCAGACAUUGUGGUUGCUGCCAAGGUGCCCCAAGACCCUCUCACCCCCUGCUGCUGCCACCGCGGCCACCUUCUCCUCCCUUCCUCCCUCUUGUCAGACGAAACUGCCCCGCCACCAGAUUUGCUGCUUCAUCUUUCGGCAGCCUCCCUCUUGCUCAGAGCUCCAUGAGCUGCAAUCGGCUGUGGCCAACAGUAGCCCUCUCUCACGUGCAGACUUCCCUCCUUGCACUCCCAGCCUCAAACCCCCCAAAAAGUGUGUGUGUGUGUGUGUGUGUGUGUGUGAGUGAGAGAGAGAGAGAGGAGAAGAAGAAGAAGAAGAAGAAGAAGAAGAAGAAGAAGAAGAAGAAGAAGAAGAAGAAGAUUGGUCCCCUCAUGCCCCUUAGCCAAGCCAGCCUUCCUUCCCCAGUCCUAGAGCAGCUGCUGCUGCUGGACGCUCAUCCUUUCCCUUCAAGGCAAAGAAAGCAGCACACAAAUCCUGGCUGCUUUGCCUCAUUAGCACAUUGCAAAAAGAAGCGUCUUUUUAAAAAAAGAAAGACGGAAAUGAACUACUCAGUCUGUGUUCUCUUCCUCCAACCUCCUUAGUUAAAAGGAGGUGGAACGGUCAUCAGUAGUGGGCAGCCGCUGCAAAAUGCAACACUGCCUGCUCACUAAAGAAAGCGUAUUUUAUCUCAAUAAGCCAACUCCCAGAAGCCUAAGACCAGGAGAGAGUUGCUAGUCAUUCAUCCUUACAAACCAUGCUUUGGAGAAACAGAACUUUGUGGGAAAUAGUCUUUAAACUUCUAUAAGUGGUAAGUGUUACUUGCAAAAAAUUUUUGCUGGAAAUGAAAAACGAAAUAAAGGAGUGCCUCUUCUUAGGGACACCCCAUUUUUUGUCAGUUUUAUUGGCAGUGAGGACGGGGGGGAGGCAGUAAACAGCAUCCUCCAAGCCCCGUCCUGCUACUCCUAGGGCUGUCCCUAUUGGCCGUGAGGGCUGGGGCAUCCAAGCUCUGGCCCAGAGACAAAUACACCUUCUAUGCAUGAUUUUGGAAAUGCCUUUAAGACUGUUUAGUUAAAUGUCCCCGCUUUUGGCUUCCUCACUAACACACAGUCUUUCUCUCUCUGCGUGUCAUGGAGGCAAGCUGUUCCUUGCCAUCAGAGAACAUUUGUAGAGGGGAAACAUUGAGGGACACUGGUGUCUUAGGUUUGUGUGAACUGUACACUCAAGGUGAGUGUCUCUGCCAUCAGUUGUGUAGGCCUGUGUUGUGUUAGUUGUUGUGCUAGAAAAUUAGAUGUAUUAUGAAGGAAAGGGGGUGCAGGGAGAAUCCAGAGCCUGUCUGCAGAGUGGAAGGAAAGGAGGACCUUUUUCUGCCUUCCAGCCAUUCCCUGAAGACUGGAGAAGGGGCCCACAUAAGAAUAUUAGGAGGGCAGGCAGGGGACGUAAGAUUUUAGCUGCUGUUCAUUCAUUUUCAGCUUUGUAUUGUUGUUAUAAAGAGUCCAAAUGGUUGUAAAGAGUGCACUUUUUGCUGAUGUACAUUAAAUUCAUGAGCAAAUACCUUUUUUUUGUUUCAAGGUUUUGAAAAUUGAGGUGCGCAUUAAAUUCAAUAGCACGUUAGACUCAUAAAUACAGUAGAACUUGUGUACAAGAACAUCUGCCACUGAGGAAAUCUGACCAAGCCAAAAUAUGUUUGGCAUUUGAAGGGUCUAUAGAACUUCACUGAAGAUUAUUGAUUAUUUUCUUGAUUGCACUGAGUUUUUACACAUGCUGACAUACUACUAUUAUUUAUAAUUUAUGAAGUCAGCAUCUGAAGUUUUUGACUUGUAUGCAGAGCUGUACUUUUAUACUUCUGUAUCCUUGCUUUUAAUCUUUGUGCAGGUCACAUUCCAUUCUUACCACAUGCUUGUAUAAAUUUUGAUGACAUGUUUUUGGCACUGUAGCCUUCAGGUUGACUUUAUAAAAAGGUGGAAAUACAGUGUAUUCUUCAUUGCGUUUUUGGCCUUGACUUUGGUGGUGUUUGUAGCCUUUCUGCUUACCACAAACUGGAAUGUGUUUGAGAGGAAGAAGCACGGUCAUGGCUUGCGCAAGGGGACUGACCUAAAUGUCACUCCGGCUCCUUUUAAUUCCCGUAGUACUACUAGUAGGCUCUAGGUUAGGGAGUUGAAUGACAACUCCUAUCAACAUCUGGAGAACUGCAGGUUCACUGGAUCUCCAGAGAAAUUCAAAAUGCCAGGCAUGACAAGAAAUGAUUUUGUCUUGGCAUUCAAACUACAUUGUGGAAUAAAUUUCAAGGUGUGUGAGUUACUAUUGUAGGCACUACCAGGAGAACUCUGAAUCCCUCAGAUCCUGAACACACUGAAUAAGUAGUUUCUUUCAGGCAUGUGCUCUUAUUUAACCCACUUUCUUUCUUAUUAAGGCAAAGCAGAGAGCAGAAGUCCUUCAGUCAACACAGAGAUUCUUCUCUGAACAGCAGCAGGCCAAGCCACCUGGAAGCAAAAUGCAGAAAGUGAGCGAGAGUGGAAGUAAAGCGGCUGAGGCAAUGGCAGACUCCUCCCCAGGAGGAGUAUGUCAGGACAAAGUGGCGGAGAAACCAAGCCCUGCACCCACAACAGCCCCCAAGCCUGUUAGAACGGGACCAAUCAAACCUCAGGCUAUCAAGACAGAGGAAACAAAAUCCUAAGUGUUGUGCCCAUUUCUUUCAAUUGGGGAGUGAAAUGCCACUGGCAAAACCUGUAGCCAAAGGGCAAAGCAUGUCCCUUCAAGGCUGUGAAUGGCAUAAAUAGACACAGUUGCUAAUUAGCCUUGGCAGACAUGAAUGGUAACAUGCUUUAAAGGUCUGGAGAACUUGGGGCUUGUAGCUUCCAGGCCACCACAUGAAUUGAGCGUAAUCUGUCUGUAUAGGGGCACCUGUUUUUCUGAGGAUGCAAAAUGAAAAAUAAUGCUGCUGAAGCAUGUUAUUAACCAGUGGUAAAUGCUCUUCUGUUUGCUGUUUCAUUUUGAAAAGAAAGGCAGAUUGAAGAAGGCUAUGCUGGACAGAAAUGAAAUUGGUUUUUUUGUUGCUCAGGGUCCUAAGAGGAUGCUGUUAUUUAAUAAUGAAACAAGAGAAUUUAAGGCAAUUGAUAAGUCACACGGAGCAACUUACCCUCAGCCUUCCUCAUUUUCCCCACCAACACACACUUCAUUCUGUGAUGCUCUACAUCAGAUAUCCCUAAAAGGCAGGCUAUAGCUGCUGCUAUGGUUUGAUAUGGUGCUGAAUUAACUGGGAAGAUGCGAAUUGACUCCCAUGUUCAUACCAAAAGUGCAGAGUUUAGAAUACUCCCAUUUAGGAGUUGUAUUGCCAGUCACAUUGAGCUCUGGCUCAGUAGUACUUGGGGGAAGGAAUCCUUUGGCCUUCAAACUGUUUUCAGCUUAUGUCUGUAUAGAGCAACAAGCACGUAACCUGCUGCAAGACAGCAUCCUCUGAAACAAUGCAUUCUUAUAUCAAAGCUACUCCUUCCUGCUCACUGUGUGCUGGGAAAUAGAAUCAAGUCAAAUAAUGCCUUCUUAAUUGUAUCCUUCUAGUAGUAUAGCUGUAGGAGAGUACUGUAUGAUAACUUCUGUGAAUGUAAAAUACUCCAUACCUGCUUAUAUGUAGUUGUGACUGUGCUAUAGUAGAGCUGUUUUAAUGACGUUACUGAAGACUUUUUCAGGCAAUGAUUGGAAGUUAAUAAGAGAGCACCACGUACCAUAGCAAUUGCAGAAUUGACUGUUUUCUCUGAGAAUUUCUUCUUCCCCUUCCCAACAUUUUUUUGGAACGAAGAGUGAGCUAAAAGUCUAAUGUGUAUAAUUUUGUUCAGAUGACAGCAGAAGCUGGAAAAGUCUGUUGCUGCUAUUGAUGCCUAGUGAAAUGCUAUUGGUUAUCUUUUUAUAUAAAUAUUAUAAUUUGAAUUUUUGGAAACUUAGCUGUGAUGUCAGCUUUGGGGAAAAGAUAUCCACUUGUACUGUGAGUUGGCAUUGUACAGAAAUUAACAGCCAUAUUGGUCUAGAAAUGUUUAAACUUUUUUUUUCAUUUGUACAGGGGUAACACUGUAUUAAAUAUGUAAGGUCUUAUUUACAUGGGUUUGAUUACAGAAACUAAUAAAAAAUAUUCUCUACAUAAA